CAGACACUAUAACCACUUCAAUGAGAUGAAACCGUUACAGUGCCCACAGUGUCCAUUAAGUGACAUAGAUUCCUUACAUAAAAUAUGGCACCACCACAAGUUAGAUGUAAGGUGGAAUGAGAUGUACCAGGUAUUGGGACCCUGGAUCCAAGGUAAUGUCUUGAUCAUCCUGGGUGUCUGUAUACUUGUAACUGGUAUAACUCAUGCAGGGCAGAUUGCGGUUAUACAUGAUUGAUUUGAACCUCUCAUUCACAGAGUAACAUAUUCAUUUGUUUGACUGUCUGGCCGGCAGUGUCUAAUAUUUUACCAGGAAUUGCUGGCUCAGCUCUGUAAGGGGGCAUGGUUAUACUAUUUUACAGCCAUUUAACUUUCUUUUGGUAUUUCUGUUGAGAAUAAAAAAAAAAAAGCUUUGCAUAAACAUUAACUUCAGAAAAAGAUUUAUUGGGCAAAGCAUAGCUGCAACAAUGAGAUUGAAAUAUGCUGGUACCUCCUCGGAAUAGAUUGUUGUAACUGUUCAACAAAAUGUCAUUUUGUAGCUGGAGUUCAGACCAAGGAUUUUCAACAGUUUUUUUAUGUUAUUUGUAACCGUUCCCUUUGAGAAGUACUGGCGCUGUGUUGUGGCACCUUCUGCUCCUACGUUGCUUGAUGAGGAGUUGCUAAUGCGCAUGGGCAGCAAGUGCCACAUGCACAUAAGUGCAAUAGGGAUACUCAAGCCAGAUAACUUCACUGAGCUGAAAUGGUCUGGGUGCCUAUAGUGUCCCUUUAAUAAUAUUUUAUAGUAUUUAUUUUGUGCCCUAUAAUUAAUUUCACUAAUGUAGUGUCAGGAUUACUAAUUGAUCCAGCACGCAAAAUAAUAUCACACCUAGGACUAAGGAUAACGUAUAACCGGACCUUAGACUGACCGGACUUAACAUAUCCAAGAGUAGUCAGAAUACUUGCCGAGAUCAGGGAAACAGAACGUCAGACAACGAUGAGGGAAAGCCAAAAGUCAAGGAUACCAGAAAUCAAGGAAGUCAAACGAAGCCAAAGUCAAAUACCAGAAAUACAACGAUCAGGAAAACUCUCUUGGAUAACCAGCUAAGGUAAACCAUGACAGGGCACUGAUCAAAUGGUAAUAUGGGUUUAAAUAACCAUCCUAAAGCUGUAAUUAGCUGUGUGAGACCUCUGACCCCAAAACGUGCAUGCACGUCUUUGACGUGACGUCGCACGCACGUAGGCGCCAUCUUUGAUCUAGGCAAAGGCUUUUUUCUUGUUUAAAUCUGAACCGCAGCAGCCAGCGUCUCCAGUAACUCUGCACACACUGGGAACCGGGAUGGAAGGAGGUCGGCUUUUGAUCUGCCACGGGUAAAUUAAGUGUUUAUUUCUGUCGGCAUGACCACUGUAUUUCAGUGCGGCCACGCCGACAGAAACCAGUGACGUAGCUCUUUAGGAACUAGACCAGCACUGCCUUAAACUAGUCAUUGUAGUUUGGCUUGUGAGGUAUAAAUCAAAGCAGAAUAAUGCACACAAACCUAAAAUGGUGCGUUCUAAGUCAGCAAAAAAUGUUACAGUAAUGUCAUAAGCACCUUACAGCAAUGCUACACUAAGCGUUCAAUGAAGAGAAACAUAUCGAAUGGGCGCAUGCAGCAUAGAUCAUACAGUUAUUUUACAUCCAAUAUCCCCUAGGUGCCAGGAACCAAUUUGUAAUCCCUCUGAUCUGGGUAACCGUAUCCAAGUAGUUAAUAUGAUAUUUUACCUGAUAUUGCUUUACUGUUUGUUUAUAUGAUAUAUUGACUAGCCAUGUAGUACGUUUUUGGUUCUUUAACAGCUGACAUACUUUUUGUAAAUAAUUUAGCAGCGUUCGCGUUUUGUUGCAGCUGUAUUCAAUCGCAGAAUAGCCAGGAGCUGUACUAAGAAAGGUUUUGAAGGCCUGUGUCGUUUUUGGCACAAUAAAUGUUUAUUGCAGGAUUUCACGCGUUUCCCUAGAAUUUAGGAAGCCGGUGCAAAAGUUAGGAGCCAAAUGUAUAAAUAACAUUGUUAAAAAUGGCACACAGUGCUUUCACUGCUCAAUCGCCAUUUGGUGCGCCAGUGGCGGGGAUAUGACAUUAUAUCCUCACAAUCUCCAUCUGUUAGUACUUCAUGCAACCUGUGUUGUGAUAGGUUGUGAGCAGAGUUGUCCAUUGUCUGCCACCAAAAUUUUGCUUCAAUAUUGUUUGGAAGUCCUCCAAAUUGAAAGUAGAUGCUGAUCUCCACUGGAAUAAAGAAUCCUUCAGAGUUUUCUUCACCGAUCAAUAAAGUUGUGCGCAACAUGAAAAACUAUUGGUGCAAUUAACAGAUAUUAAAUUAUUAAUCUUAGCAGAGAGUGGGAAAGAAACAAACAGAUUAAAAAAUAAUCCGCACUUGAUAUGUUUUACUCUCAAAGGAGUUUCUCAACAAGCACAUUGCUGUUUUUCCUUGGGGUUACAACGCUGCGAUUUCAGGGGGAUUUUAUGAUAUCCCCAACAAGCCCGUUGCAUCCCUAUAAAUUGUGGGCUCAAGGCAUAUGCCUUUUAUCAUAGUAUAGCCCCGGUCAUUGAACUAAAAUUAAAAAACAAACAAACAACCUUUACAAAAAAUAAAAAUGGAUUAUGCAGGUUUAAUAUAUGUGGGAAAUACUUUUUGAAACAUUGUCAAAAUUCUAGAACCCUUUGCAUUUUGUCAUUCCUCCGUUUAGAGAACAACGCUGAAUUUUAAAGAAAAAUAUGCAGAACCGGCAUUUUUAAAAGCUCUGCAUCUUUAGGAAAUAUUUUUGGGUGGAAAUGCCUUGAAAUAUUAAUUACGUUUAGAAACUGGAAUUACAUGACUGCCAUUGUCAAGUGGGUCAGGAGGCCUCAUGUUGCAGAACUGCUAAGGCUUCUGGGAGUAUAACCCAUUAAUAAUGUAUGUACAUAUUUGUACUCUGCCAAGCGACUGUAGACAUUAAAAGGGAAAUACACCCAGUAAAUCAGCAAAUGUCUAGUGUUUCCUGUUACAAUGCAAAAUAGCCUUUAAAGUCUGUUGCGCCUUCAGUAGGGUUUUAUCAUUGAUUGCACAGCCAGAAAUCAAGGAAGUCAAACGAAGCCAAAGUCAAAUACCAUACCUGGAUAUGUGCUAUGAUUUCAGAAUCCCUCAUGGCCAUGAUUCUACAUGUCAAUUGUCAUUACCAGCUUUGACUUUGACAAUGAAAACUACCUGUCAGCUUUUCUGUAUUCUAGCCCCGUCUUUAGACAAUCAGAGAUAAGACAAUUGCACUUGGAAAGCUUUUAGCGUUUAUAAGCGAUUGAUUGCUUGCACAACAGGGCUGUCUACUGGUUUGUUAAAAAAUGCAUUUUGUGAGUUUCUCCUGCUUUUAAAAAGAAGGGUGAAAAGAUGUAUUCCUGAUACUAUAGGUAUGAAAAUCCCGUUUAGGUGUACAACCCCUCUUGCCUACCAUGAAAAAGGUAGUUUACUUACCAUUUUGUUGCACCAGUCUCGUCGUGGCUGCCCCCAUCUCCUUGUCUGAGAUCAUUAAUUUUUACGAUCUCAGUCAGUCUAAUGCUUUCCCACAGGGAAGCAUUUCCCAGGCUAUUGCGCAUGCACGGCAAAACACUGCGCUGCGUCAAUCAGCAUCUCCUCAUAGAGAUGCAUUGGAUCAAUGAUCCCCAUGAGGAACAUUCAGCGUCUCAAUGCAGCAUGUGGAGACGCUGAACAUCAGUACUGCACAUCGUGCAGCACUGACCCAGGAAGCAUCUCAAAUGGUUGUCUGAAUGACUGCCACUAGAGGUGUUCCUAGGCAGUAAUGUAAACGCUGCUUUUUCUCCGAAAAGUAAGUGUUUACAUUAAAAUGACUUCAGGGACAGACUAUACACACCAGAAGUGAAAUUCAUUGUUGCAAUAUCAUGGAUGGAGGGGGCAAGCGUGGGUGCCGGAGAAUCCUCUGCUCUUUGUCAUACCACUUGAAAACUAUUUUAAAGAAAAAUUAGUAUUAUACCACCAUUAUAAUAAUAUUUAUUACUAUUCUUGGCAUUUAUGUAGUGCAAACUUAUUCCGCAGCAAUGAGACAAUUACAAAAUGUUACAGGAACAAUAGGUAAAUGAGGACCCUACUCAAAAGGGCUUACAAUCUAGAGGAGGUGGGGUAAAAAACACAAUAGGAAGGGCAGAGUCUGGGAUAGCAACCAAGAGACAAGGUGGAAAGUAGCAAAAUUGGAAGGUGAAAGUGGAGUUUGGCACUUUAAGAGAGAGCAAGAGACAGGCUUGUAAAAUAGAAGUUACUCUACAAGGCCAUAAGCUUUCCUGAAGAAAUGGGUUUUGAGGGACUUCUUAAAGUGGCACUGUCACUGUCUGGGGACUUUGCCGAAUUCGCAUAGACCCCUGACAGUGACAUUGUUGCUGGGGGUCUGGUGGCCAGGGGGCAGUCAGAGGUCAGAUUUACUUACCUAAACUUGUCUCUUGUGAAUGUCUCGGCAAGGGUCCAUAAUUUGUUAUUGCGCUAUGGAAUAUUAUCCUUUAAUGUAAUUUGUGUAGUGCCUGCCUGGUAGAGGUGGUAUUGUCAAUGUCAAAAGGGGUUCUUUUGAUUCUAUGGAAGGUUUAUUGCCUUAAUUCCUCGUUGAAGCUGGGACCGCCACAGAGGUCAAAUGACAUAAGGAGUAAUGUAAAUUGCAUAGGGAUGUGAAAAGGGAAACCUGUAUCCUGUGAUUAAUCAAAAGUUCUGCAAGGUGUGAGAUUCUACACUUGAAAAGCCUGACUGUCUGGCUUCAGCCACAUGGCCUGUACUUCUUAAUUGUUGAGUCAAUCUCUUUUAUAUGUUAAUGGCCAUUAGCCUUGUUCCAGUAUCAUAUCCAGAAGAAAAAAAAUUAAUAUUUACCCACAGAAUAAUAUUUAAGCCUAAUUUUUGUUAUAUUUGGAGUGUGACAAGCACCAUCUUCUAAACAAGCCCAAACAUGUUUGGCAUAACUUAACCAUUGGGUCGCAAGUAAGGUGCAUAACAUAUCUAUGGAAUGGGAAAAAAUAACAAAAUCAUAGAUGCAAUUAUUAUUUCUGUGGUAGGUACAUAAGAGAAGAUUGAACCAAAUAUUUCCAUUUGGAUUGAUGCGGGUCUGGACACAAGGGGGUGGUCACUUAGUGUCUCUAUAAAUAAGCCUUAACACCACCUCUGGGUGAGGCGUGGUAAUCCACAGGGUAUAUCUCUGACACUGAAGUGUGCAUUGUACUUGCUUGAGGGGCCAGAAUCUAAUUGUAGCUUACCAGAGACCCCCUGGAGCCAAAGUGUUACUUUGAAAAAUUGAGUAAGUAAUUAGGACUUCUGUUAUUUCCUCCCUUUUGUUCUUAUCUGUUGUUGGUGUAAAUAAUUUUGAUUGUCAUCUAUAUUUUUGUAUGCACUGUGACUAUAUUUUAUAAAUAUUCCUUUAUUAAGUUCUGCCUUUGUCUGGUAAAGAAUCCCGUUACCUGAAGAGACUAAUUGGUAUCUUUGCAAUUCCUUAAAUAUUGUGUUAAGUUGUAUAUGGUGGGUUUUUAUUAUUGUUUUACCUGGGGGACCAAGGCACCCCAUUUAUAAAUUGUCUUGGUGGUGGCAGCGUUAAAAUAGUAAUAGUUAUAUUAUUAUGCUUAAGUGUGGGUGGUGUUAAGUGGGAUUUUAUCAUUAUUUCCGGACUAGUGCAGACAAAUUGUGAACUUUAACCCUUUCACCACCACAACUCUUGAAGUAGGGUGCGUUCGUGACAGUCCUCUUGUUCUGGCAGGUCCUCUUCAGAAGUGCCAUGAGCGGACGUCACUGUUAUACUCUUGCGCAUGUGUGAGAAUACAUCAUUUAGGUCUAUGUCUAUCCACGUGGAUCUAGGUCUAUCUACAAAACAGCAGAUUCUCCACAUACAGAGCCAAUUCCCUGCGACCAUUACUAGUGACGGCUGUCGGGAUUGACACCAGAGUCUAAUAAAGUCAGAUGGAGGAAAUAUUUAAAGACAAAGUAGUUUCAGUAUAUCUCUUGACUUGGUUGAAAAUUCAGUGAAAUUCCAACACAGGCAAAAUGAGCAUUUAUUAAAGAUUCUAUCUGGCAAGCAUUGUAUUGGAAAAGAAGAAACCGAAACAUUGUUUCUGUUGUUUCUCUUCUCUAUGAUCGCUCUAAGCGGACUAAGAGAUGCAAAAGGCAGAGAUUUAAUAAUUCAAUAAUUGACAGGGAGACAAAAUGGAGGCACCCAGUUCCAGGACAGUGGUAGAGAUAUUUACAUUUACUGUAUUCUGAAAUUUUUUUUAAAAAAACCCCCCCAAUUUUUAUUAACUGAAGGCAAUAAGUAAACAUAAUAUUAAAAAUCCUGGCAAGUAGCUUUUUACAAAAAAAGUGGGACUUACAUACAAACUAAACACUUUGAUAACUCUGACGGUCAUUUUUAGUGCAUUAAGAAAGGACUGUUUUUGUAUUGUCCUUCAUAACACACUGUCUUUGUGCAGUGACAUUGAAGAAUAGUAAAGUGAAAAUUACACUCAUGCAUGACAUUAAUUCCAACAUUGCCUCAGCCUGAAGGCAACCUACCUGCUAGAGGCAAGUGAUCUGAGAAUUAACUGUCUGUAAUACAGGCACUCAGCAGAUCUAGAGAACAAUGCAGUUUGACCGAGUGAGAAAGAUUUCCGUUCCUAAUUGAAAAGUAAAAUCCUUAAUUGGUUUCAUUCCCACAGGCUUCUGACAAUCAGUGAACGCUACCCUGACCUAAUGGAAUUGUUAAAUUGCAAAACUUAAGUGAUCACUGGGAAUUAAUUUUAAGGGAAGUGUAGUCAGCAGGACACUGCCUGCUCUCUAAUUCACCCCACCUCUAUCGCUCAUCCAUUCACCCCUGUUUUAUGUCCAGGGUGGCCUGUAAGUCCACCCUGUAGAUAAGAGGUCAAUAACUACCAAACUUUGUUUCUUCCCUUGAGUAUAGCCGGUAAGUGGACCUGAAUAUAUUUUCCCUUAGUAAUAAAAGUUAUCAGGUAAAGGUGAGUUCUACUUACCAGAGUCUGUCUCUCGCUGGCUUCGCCAUCUUCUCCCGGCGGGUAGUUUCGUAAUUGUUUGUGUCUGUAAUGCAGUUACAAUAAAACUCUGAAAUUAUACUAGUAAGGUGUACCUUCAUAGGUAAAGUUUGCAAACAUUCUAUAUACUUGCUCUCUGAAACCGUGUUAAUUUUGUCGACUAACAAGUCAAAUUUUACUUGGCUAAAAAUUUUUAGAUUUAGUCGAAUAAAACGAAAACCAUUCAGAUGACUAAAAGACGACUAAAAGUAAAAUGGCUUUUUAGCCAAAAGACUAUGACUAAAACUAAAUAGAAAGUUGCUGGCAAAGUUAACACUGCACAGAGAGGCUGGGGAAGGGGCAAAAGAGACAGACCAGGACCUUGAAGAGAGUCACCUAGAUGGGCUGGGAGGAAACAAAGAGACACUGAGGGGUUGGGGAAGGGGCAAAACAGACAGAGGCUUUAACUCGCCCAUUAGAUUUUAGUUGUCUGCUAAAAUCUACUGGAGAUUUUAGUCGACUAAAACAAUUCAGAUGACUUUUUAAACAAAAUUUUGCCGCCACAAUUAACACUGCUCUGACAGUAUCUCUCUUUCUUGAUUCUCAAAAACUGUAUGGACUUUUGGACCUGGGGGUACUUGUAUAUCCCAUUGCACUUCAUUUGUAGAUUGUAAGCUCUGUGCAGGGUUCUCUUCUUUUUUUGUCCAGUGUGUCUAAAUACGUAUCCCCUGUUUAUUUAAUUCCUAGUUAUAGUUUUGCAAAUUAUAAAGCUGUCUAGAUAAGAGCAUUAUUUAAGGACGAUUAAAUCUUUACACUGUGCCAGGAUAAUUCAGCUCAAUAAAUUGAUAUUAAAGACACAAGUGAAUACCGCUGUUGUGUGCAUAGCAGUUUAAUUUCAAUGUAGCAGUCAGUGAGACGGAAUUGUGUUAAUUACCACCUUGCAAUGCCAGCUGCUUAUCAUAGAUUGCUAUGUGCAGCGGUCUGACUGCGAAAACUGUGGAAACCAGCUCGUUCAACUAAAUUUGGCCAUGCUGGAUCUUUUUAAAGUGUAGAUUAGCUGGUACAAUUUUCUGUGUAAGGAACAUUGUCACUCAUGUUCUGAAUGUUUAAAGCGGCUGUGUCAUCAGAGGUAGUCUAUGCAACAUCUUACAACAAAAGAAUAAACCUUUAAAGGAACAGUAUAGGGACAGGAACACAAAAUUGUAUUCCUGAUCCUAUAGUGUUACAAUCAGAAUCUAGACCCCCUUCCAACACUCCUUGCCUCCUUUAAAUAUAGUAAAAUCUUACUUUUGUGGAAGUCUGCAGUGGCUGGCUCUGCCCCUGAUCUGCCUAGUUGCCUGACAUCAUCAGCAGUUAUUCUCUGAACCAAUCACAGUUUUUUCCCAUAGGAUUGGCAAAGACUUUCAAGAAAGCAGAUCAGGGGCAGAGCCAGCACAAGUCAAACACAGGCUUGGCUAUUCAGCAUCUCCUCAUAGAGAUAAAACAAUGCAUCCCUAUGAGGAAAGUUCAGUGCCUCCUUGCAGAAGGUGGAGACACUAAAUGUCAGUCACACUGUGCAGCACUGCCCCAGGAAGCACCUAUAGCAGCCAUCUGAGGCGUGGCCAGUGGAGUUAUCCCUAGGCUGUAAUGUAAACACUGCAUUUUCUCUGAUAAAACAGUGUCUACAGCAAAAAGCCUGAAGGGAAUGAUUCAACUCCCCAGAACAAAUGCGAUAAGCUGUAGUUGCUCUGGUGACUAUAGUAUCCCUUUAACAUGUCUAUAACAUUUAUUUAUAAAGUAUUUUACCAGGAAGAAUACAUUGAGAUUUCUCUAAUUGUCAAAUAUGUCCUGGGCCCACAAAUUCUGCAUUGGAAGUUCAACUAUCCAUUCAGUAGGUUUGGGUUUGUUUUGGUUUUAUUUUCAAGCUAAUAUGGACAAUUUUGGGUACUGAACAUCAUCAGAAAUUUCAUAUAAAAUGUCCUUGUCCUGCAUAGUGAAUGCUGGGAUCUAAUCUGCAAAUCACAUACUCUGAUUGGUUUCUGACUUCACAUGACCUCUGUAGCCUUGUGGGGUAGUGUGCUUUCUAGACGGUCUCAGAUGUUUUGGAAAUGUCGAUGUCCUUCUAAGAUGGCUGCCUCCUGAGUGAAACCGUAAACUAUUUCCAUUAUUGUAUCAAACUGAUUUAUGUAAACACGUUUUCACUUUAGGUCAAUCUGGCUCAAUUUGUCAUAUUCUUUCAAACUCUCUUCUUGACUUGAUUUAUUUUUUCUUCUGGUUUAGAAUAACAUCUGUACUCCACAGCUGAAAAGUGCCAAUUGUAUCCCAUAAUUGGUCCAUCUGGACACAGAAUAUCACAAAAGUAAUACUGAGACACAUUGUGCCCCUAUUAGAGUUAUAAUGUUACAUACUUUUCUUAGGAGAGGCUACAAAUUCUUCCUCUCUGCACCCAUGACAGGCGUUACCCGUGCCAAGUACAAGAGGCUUUCAGUUAGUUAUUUGCGAUGUAUAAUUUCAUGUCGCAAAACAAAGGAAGAUCAUCAAAUACCGAUUUCCCUUUGGCCAUCUGUCUGAUCAGAACAAAUCAAAUUCACUUUGUUCUGGAGCCAAUUUUGUUGUAUUGUGCUCAGAGAAAAUAUCUAUAGGGUGUUUGGUUUUUUGUUGUUUUUAACAGUAUGUAAAUGAGAUUGUUCUUAAACAUGUUCCAUAUUACUUAAUUAAAAUUUAGAUUUUAGCAGAGAACCUAAAAUGAAUCAAUGUGUAAUAACGUAUCAUAUACUUGGGGGGGGGGGAGGGGGAAGGAAUAUUUGCAGGACAUUCUGCAUAGCAACCGCUACUGUUGAUUGAUGGGGUACUUAAUCACUAAUGUAGUGUACAUCCAGUGUUUGCUUUGUCACCAGCAUCGAUGAUGCUAGGGGAUCUGACCUGGGCUCGAGCCUCGUGCAGGGGCCUGAAACAUCCUGGAUCUAAGUCCUCUGUAAAAUUGAGGGAGUAAUAACACCAUCAAUUACAUCAUUGAUGAAUAAACUAUGUCAAAAUAUGUAAGACACUUAAACUACUUGUGAAAAAGCGUGUGUGUUUGUUUUGUAAUAAUUUUACCCUUAUACACCUUGCAAUGUAGAUAUAUCAAGACUCCUCUAAAUCUUCAUAAACACAACAACAAAAAUUAUCUAUAAGUAUAAUACAAAUAGAACGUAGAGUAGUAUUGCACAAUAAGCAAUAUAGAUCCUGUGGGUUAUUUCACUGGCAAAAGUAAUUUGCUUGUAUGCAUAUCUCCCAGAACGAGGUACACAAAUUUUUCAGCUUUUUCCAAAUGAAUUGUGGACCUAAAACUAGAAAAGAGGCAAACGCGUAGUGCAGAAUGUCCAAAUACAAAACACUCUUUAAAUUAAAUUGCACUUACAGAAUGACAAAUGAAUAGAGGUACAUCACAGUGUUCAGGAACCAAAAAGCAAUCAACACCCAGUAGUCCAGGAAAAACCAGGCACGGGAGAUACACCUUUCACUCCAGGAAGAUGACAAUGCGGCUGUGUGUCCAGUAAUGUGCUUGAGUUUUUUGGAGCUGUUCCUUGGUGUCCCCAAAAGUAGGACACCAGGGUAUAAAACCUGUCCCGCUGUAAUUGGGAUGGUACGACGCCUGCCCCUGGUCAUCUAUGGUUGCAGUCGGUGUUAUGCAAUAUGUUUUUGCAAAGAUGCAUGCCAUUUUUAUUCUGUUUGGGAAGGAUCGUUCUUUAAAAUUCUACUUUGAUUAAUAGCAGCAAAAAUAAAAAAUAUAGUCUUUCUUUAGAAAUCCACCUGUAUGCCAUUUAUCCCUGGGCCAUUUUUUUUCCAUUGCAGGAUGCCAUUGGUUCCAUUUAAUCUUUUCUGUCUAUAAAUAAGAGCUGCAUACACUCAUUUCGUAUGGUCGUCUGUAGUUAGACAGCGAAUACUAACAAGCAUUCUUAAUUCCCCUGUUUAUGUAUUUUUUAGUUUGUCUUUUUCAUUGUAUGUCAUAUCGGUUCUAUACUCAUUUCAAAUGUGAUCAUGAAUUUAAAAUUGAUUUGUUAUAGCUGAAAUGACACAGCGUCUAUAAGUAUAUAAAAUAUUUUUCUUUCUUUCAUCUCGUCCUCUCCUUAACCCCCCAAGGCUUGGCCGUCUGCCAGCUCCGAGGAUUUUCAGAAGCUGCAAUUUCCGAGAUUAGGAACAUGGACAUGAAAUCUAAGAAUUAAACAUGAUUGCUCUCUUGACAUUGAGAAGCGUGCAGAACUGACGAUCCUUAUGGCUAUGUACGAUGAGGAUAUUUUAAACAAUCCUUUUUAUCUGGCAAUCCAAAAGCAAAGGCCUGACCUGAUUGAUAAAGUAGCAGACGUUCAUGGAAUUGUAAGUAAAAAGAUUCAUGUCUUCAAUUUUUUAGAAUAAUACCUAAAAUGGAAUGAAAUUUCUUUAGGGGUGUCCUCUGACAGGUUUAAUUUUUUUUUUAUUUCUCUGAUUCAUUUGUAUUAAAUGUGCUUCAUCUUUUUUUCUCUAAAGAUAUAUUUCGGUAACAUGUCCUCUAGCCGUCAUCCUAUCAAAUGCUUCUCAACUGGAAGCAUUGAAUUCAGUUCUUCUCUGUGAGCUUUAUUUGAUGAUGUUCGGCAUCCCAAAUGGACAUUGAAUGUCACAUGAUGAAGUGAAACUUGGUCAUGGCGGCACAAGCACCCAUAGUGCCACUAUAUGCAUGUUUAACGCUAUAAUGUUUUAGAUUGAAGAACUAAAAGGGCAGGAUCACUGCACCCAGACCACUUCUUUGAAAUGGAUAGGACUAGGUGCCUUAAGUGAUCCUUUAACUGCUUUGUGACCGAUAACCUAUCAGGACUGUCAUAAUAUCGUAGGAUUUGACUAACCCUUUUUACUAAAGAGAUUAAAAUUGAAUUGUCGCCUCAAUCUUUGAAAGCCGUUUUCUGUUCCUUUUUGUUUAUAUUGCUGUACAUAACGUGUGUUCGUUUCAUCACAUAUCAUGUUGUGUAUAUGGUGUGCUUAAGAGAAUGCAAAACUAGUGAAUGCAAAGACAUCCUUUUGGUAUUAUGUAAAUACUUCUGUAUUCCACAUUUAAAAUUGUAUCUUCAGUAAGUGUACAGUAAGGGAGAAUGAGAUUUUAGGACACAGUCUCAACGUAGCACACACUCGCAGGAUAAACUCGUUUACACGCCUAGUGAGUGCGGUACGCCGGUAGCUACGGUUUACCAAUGUCGUCUAUGGAUCCAGAUUACGUUGCCGUAGUAUUUUAGAUUCAGUCCAUGCCAAGAUGGGGUUUAAAUUAAUUCCUUGUUGGAUAUUACAUUGUGUGUACAAUUCUGGAAAGAACAACACUGCAUUUCAUUUUGAUAAAACUUAUAUUUAUGUUCCUGAUCUUCAUGUAUAUUCAGAUCUUGCUAGCUGGUCUCUGUGCCUCAUCAGGGGUCAUGGUAGAGCGCUUUUGAGGUUUUUAAUAGGUAGCCAGAUAAUGAUUUUUCAGUGUCUGCCCAAAACUGAGACGUUUAUUAGAUUUUAUUUACUUUAAUGUGUAUAUUUAGAUACAUGUUCCUGGCAGUCAUGACCACUCUCCUUUAUACUCCAUUAGGUAAAUGCCUAUAUUGCAUGCUGUAUAUGUUUCUUAUCUUACUAUGUGUGACAAGUGUGUUAUAAAGUAGCCUAUCAGUAUCAGAUCCAUCUGAUUACUAUGCCUGCUGUAAUUGUUGUUCCCAGGUUUGUUUUUUUCUAAACUCCAGAUACCUGAAUAUUAUCGGGCACAUUUAAACAUAGUAUUAUUCAGCACUCAGUGCAUUAUACUAUCCUGAGUGUGCUUCGAUCUCUGCCCGUUUCCGUGAGUUUCCCAUGUUGUCACGACUCUCAUGACUGUGUUUUCUGAAGUUUCUAAACAUCAGACCUGGGCUGCCCUCUGCCAUGUCUCUUACAGAUUCCCGUACAAUACUGUCAUUCAUACAUCUGGGGAUUUUGCUUGUUUGCUUUCUUUUUGUACCCCCUGCACUGUACCAGUUUUAGUGUCGGCUUGCUUCAUUGCUCAACCCUUAGGGCAAGCUGAUACCCAUGUGCUGUCUAAUGAAACUGGAUCCAAAUACCAAACUGUGUGUGGAUUUCACGCUUUUUAUACUUCUGGCAAUGAGAACACACGGAGUUAUUCACUAACGUGAGAAUUGUCAAGAAUAUAAAGUCCAUUUCAAAGUUAAGGUCAAAAUAGAUGACGUGGAAACUUAGCUGAUUUAGAGAUUUUUUCAUGCUUGGCUUUGGCAGCCACUUUAUCCUUAAAUUUCAAAUAUACUUUGACUUAUUUUGAAAUUCCCAACAAUUUUCAUGUUGAUAAAUAACCUUGUCCAGCAUACACUAAUGGGCAUUUCAAUGUUAGGGUGGCGGUAUCGCUGAAUUCAGGUUAGUUUAUAGAACCGAUUUCGUUAGAGAAACAGGAAGUGACCUUUGCACAUGAUUAGAACUGUUUCCUUUUUGGAUUAUCCAAGAGUAGGAAUCCAGGACUGCAUCCAUCACAGAUUAAGUCAGCCUUCUUUGUUUGAAGCCAUGCAACUUAUUAUAGUUUAUGAAAGCAAGGAGCUAAUGAAAGAUUCUCCACGCUUAGCUUUUCUGUAGGCCAUCACUAUAAAAAUGAGACAUGUCCCUUGCACCAGGUUUCUGUUGCCAACUUGAUGACCGAAGUAGAAGAAAUGCAUUUUCAGUUUUCUCCAUGGUGGUGAUUUAGGAAAUUCUCCCGUCACUUUAAUUCUCUUGGUUGCCAAGUCCUCUUCAUUUGGCGGAAACCUAUAUUAAUUGUUCAACAUGGUGCGACGGUGCUGCCAUCUCAUUGAAAUGCACCUAUCCUAGCUGAGUUCAAUGUUUGUUUUAAUGAUUAAACACAAUAAAGAGGUGUGAAAGAAUCCUGUCUUUUAAUGAGAUGUAUUGUAUUAAGAGGUCCAGUCUUCCUAUUACAACAAGAUUUACAGCUUUAAUUAACCUCGAAGUAAUGCCUACCCUGUCCAUUAAGCAUUCAUUCUUAAUAUGUAUCCGGUGUUGCCUUAACUGGCCAAUUAUUCUGAAAAAUACAAAUGCUGCUCCCUGUGUGUUUUUAAUCGAGUGAGAAACUUGUAGCAUAAUUUUUCUGUAUUUUAAUUUAUCUGGAAUCGUUUUAGAUAAAUAUGACCAGCAUGUCACCUUCAACUGGAGACAUUGAUGGGAAAUAAAGAUUUAACGGCUGCAAUUAAAGCAUCAUUUGUUCUUUGUAUCCAUACAAUUAUCUUAUCCCCCUAGCCGUAUAGAUUUCUGAGACAGACCACGCAUUGUGGCCUCUCAUUAAUCCAAUGUCAUUGUCACUGUGUUUAAAGAAUUUGGAACACUGAGCUUUAAAGAGGAUAUGAAUCUUUGCUUCAGUUUAUUGAGAAGAACACAUUUAAUGAAGUUUAGGUGUGUGUGUGUGUGUGUCUCAGCAUGAAGUGGGCUGCCAAUAAGUUUCAUCAAUUUUUUUUGUCACUGACCAUCAUUUGAUUACUUUUUGCAUUUUGAUUGGCUUCUUGAUGUUUUCACAGCCAAUCUUUGAUUUCCAAGUGUGAGGAUUCUUUUUUUUUCUUUUUUUUUUCUUACCUGUUUUUCUUAAUGCCAACGGAACUUCAUGAAUUAAUGAAGAACAAAAUUGGCACAACUCAUAAUAUACUGACACGGAUUUCUCUUCAAAGCUAUUUUUAUGAAGGCGUUAAAUGGGGCUCUGUGUGCUCAAAAGAUUAUACGCUUCCUUUGGAUAAUGCAAGCUCUGAUCUCCACCCUGACUAGUCAGAUUUCUUGUGAAUAUCAGAUGAUAUUUUGUCAUUCAUUUUUUCCCCUCCUUUACUGCCUGUGGCAAGCAGUUUUACACAAUAAAUUUUGGAAUUACAAGUGUUUUUAUUGUGCCAUAAUAUCACUGAUCAUUAUAUAGGUUUUAUAUUUUUUUUUAACUGAUGUCUUUCUUUUCACUGAUUAAUGUACAUGCACUUGAAAGUUGUUCUAUAGAAGAAAUGUUAAUUAAAUAAAUCUUAGAAGACACUCCAGGGACACUCUCUAAGCAACGCGAUCACCAUAGCUAAACCACAUGCAGCCAGAAGAUAGCAUCUACUAGAGGACCAGCCCGGAACCUCUCGUUCUGGCCUAUGGGGUCUGAUUCCAACCCAUAAACCCUGCUUAGGAAGUGUUUAUAGUGUUUGUUUAGCUGAGCCCCAGUUGAGCAGCUGAAUACACUCAUAGCAGCCAUAAUGCAAAUACUCCGUAUAUUGACAGUUUUGUGAUUGGAGCUUGGCACAGUGUUCUACCAAGAAUGUAAAAACACGUGCCGUCCAAAAGCUGGAUAAUGAAGAUAAGAGGGAAACUUAUCACAUUGAUAUUUCUUUCAAAUAUUUGCUGUUAGAACCAGACGUAUACAGGGAUACAUUGACAGUGGCCCUUAAACAAAUGAAACAAAAGCUGUUUGGCGUUAGAAAUGACAUUUCUGCUGAGCUUUCAAUUUCUGUAAAAUCUUCCUGUUCAAUGCCUUUCAUCUUUGCGCAUGGAUAACACAGGAUCCUGAGCCCUCUACAUGGGGACCGUUUUUAGUCUUGUGGCUAAUCUUGUGACAGCUCGACUGUUUCUAGAAGGAAGAAAUUACUUCUCUGUUCUGUCCGUAAAAAAAAAAACAAAAAACUCAGAACUGGUUUGAAUGAGCUAUUCCAAGAAUGAAACAAAGAAGGUUUCUUCGCUGUCAAGUAGCAGAUACAACUUAUCAGAUUUCUGUGUAAUUAUUUGUUGUGUUAAGUGAUAUCAGCUCUGUAACUGUGAAUCAUGCUGUGAUAAUGAUGCUGGGUUCUUGUUAGCACAAAUCAGUCCAUUUUAUGCGGUUAAUACUUCAGAAGUGAUUUACGAUUCCUUUAUCUGAUAUCAUGACCUUUGGUGGAAUUGAGCACAGCUCUACUCAUUAUAGCAAGCCUAGAAAAGGAGAAACGAUGAUUUUGAUGAUAAUUCGGCAGAUUGAUUGGCGUGAAAUGGCGGCUUAUCUCAUUAAUGUAAAAGGCCGCUGCUUUUAAUGGCAGUUCUCUGUAGGGGGCACUGCAAGGUUUCCAAUCUAAGCAGGCUCAUUUUUAAUUAUUUCUCAGAAAUUGUUAAAAGCAAAUUAUGACAUGACAGAUGAUGUGUUUAUUGCAAUAUUUAUGCUCGGUGAUUAAAACUGAUUAAGUAAGUAAGGCAUCGGGUAUACCUACACCUUUUAAUUAUGUAUAUGUAAAUUUAAUAUGUGCUAAAUAAUGGCGCAAACACCUCUGUUGUAUAUACCUGUGUUUCUUUUAGUGUAUCAGUGAAAUAAUUAAUAAUGUUAUAAUUGGGGUGGAAAUAGAAGUUUUUUACAACAUGCAUUUCAAUGAAAAGUGUUUGCAAACUUAUUUCACAUUUUAUUUUAAAAUUAGUGAUACACUGUACCAAAAAUACAGCACAACUCAUUUAGAUGUACAUGACGAAACCAUGAAGUUUAUUAGCCUGAAUAAAACAUUCGUGGUGCAAGGCAGCAGUUUUUCCCAAAGAUGCUCUGACAAGCAUUGGAUUGGCCGGGAGAUAAUUGAUAAUGAUGACCUUCUAGGUAUGGAGGAGAACUGCGACACGUAACCCUCUACCUGCUGGAUUAUUAUCUUAAUGCAUUAUUUUACAGGAAAGGAAGGCCCAGUACACUAAACAACAUGCCAUCAUUAAAAAUAUAUGUAUUUAUUUAGAAUGACGGAGUGCUCCUUUAAUUACCUAUAAAGUGUUAUCAUAUGUUGUGUACAAUAUAUUGAUCUGUAUACAAUGUUCAUUUUAUUGGGGUUUAUAGGAUGCAUCUUGUGAAAAUGCUGUGAUAACUAAUUUUAAUUUCUCUUUUUCUAUGAGGUGUUGGUGCCAUGCAAAGGAAGCCUAUCUAAUAUUUCAUACACUGCCUACCCCUUCGAAUCAUACGUCCUAAAACCCACUGAAGACGGAUUUCACACAGAAAAUGGAAAGGUAAAUAUCAUUAAUUCAUGCCGAUCCUUUCAUUUUAACGCAUUCUGCAAGAAUGCAGGCUUUGAUGACCUAAAUCCUCUACAAAUCCGUUUAGCACUGACCCCAUUUUUGAUCUUUUCUGUGCCAGAGGGCUGUUCAGUGUCUUGUAAUGCAGUGAAUUUCUCCUCUCAUCUGGCACUCAUGGUAAAAAGGUUUAUUAACUAAAUUUUGAAAUGCAGUGGCUGCUACUCAACAUGUGAAAUGAUAGGAGCUGAUUCUAGCGUUAUUCGCAUGAUUAGGAUUUGCAUUGGUAAAAGAAAGGAAUUGGUUGGAUGAGAGUCCAGGUUUUUUAUUUUUUAUUUAUGCAUUUCAUAGAAGUGUUAAAAGGGGCACUCAAGUUUAAAUUUCAAUUCACUUUUGCUGCUUCCGUCUGCUCUGUUUUCAUUUACAAUGAAGCGGCGUCAUCCAGUUCACAACCAGACAGCGGACUGAUAGAGUGGAGUCUUCUCCUGAUACCCACAUUUUGACUUCCAAAAGUUCAGUUCAGGCAGUGCUGUCCCUAAACUGAAUAUAUAUAUUAUGAUAUGAAAUGAAAGUAAUUUUUUUAGAAUGGGGAAGGAUUGGCAAAGGAGGCAGGCUCAUCAUAAAAACAUUUGAAAAACACUUUAUUUAGCAAAACAAAAUAUAAUCUUUAAAAAAAAAUUACAACAUAUUGAUGUGUGAAAUGCACCUUUAUGUAAGAGACAGAGUUGUGGAUUUGUAUGAAGUGAGCACACCACAAUCGAAUGGUCCAGAGAGGUUGUUAGAGAAGAAAAGAGACAUAGUUUUGGGAAUGAUUAUUUUUUUAGCCAGUAAAUGAUUACAUUUGUGAAGGCACAUAAAGGGCAGUUUGUUAUUGCUAUUGGUUUGUAAUUAACUAAAAAUAAGCAGAAUAUAGGAAACUUGAUCCUAAAUGCGUUGCGUGAAAUUAGAAGGUCUUUUCUCUAAAACACUUGUUACUUUUGUAAUGUUUGGGGUGGGAAAUAAUCGCAAUGUAUUUAUAUCUGAAUUCCUUUGCAGGAGAUUUGCAUCCAAGGAAACUUGGUUAAACUGGGUGCAGGAUUUACACACCAUCUCUCCGUACCGAUCCUCUUUGAAGAAACUUUUUACAAUGAGCGAGAAGAGAGUUUCAGCAUCUUAUGUCUUGCUCGUUCAUUAGAAAAGGAUGAGCACGUAGGUAUGUCUUUAAUGAGUUGCAGAUUGGGCUUACGCCUUGGGACCCAGCCAUUAUGUCCUACUCCAAGAAUAUAUGGGAUAUAAAUGUGUAGUGUUUUUUUUUUUUUCCAUUCAAAUAAUUGGAUUGUGACUUGUAAUUGGGGCCAGCGUUGUCAUUUGUAGGCCUCUGUCGUGUUGUAGGUCCCAUUCUGUUUGCUUUGGUCACUUGGGGUUUGGCAGCUGCAGUGGAAGGUAUCUGCAUUUUUCUGGUACACACACCUCUUUCUCAAUGGUCUGCAGAUGCCUGACGGUUGGUGGGAUGAUAAUCGGCACGAGAGCACAAUGUUAUGGCAUUGUGUCGUUGAAGUGAGGGAGGUGUCUACCAGGGAACUUGUACAGAUCCCCCUGUGAUUGUAACACUGUAGUACCUCUCAGAAAUGGGAUUAAUAAACUACACAAGGUCUUUAAAAAAACAAAACAAUAAAAUAAUUAUUUUUUAAAAUUAUUUUUGGUUUUAGUUAAGACUAUAUCUAUUCUUUAUGUCCCGUGUGUUUUUAGAAGAACCCGUCACACCACCAACCACUUGCACUUUGAAGAACAUAGACGAUGUGAAGGAAUUCUUAGGAAAACAUGUUGAGAGAUUCGAUAAAAAUGUUGCCUCUUUCCGCAGCGUAUUUAAAGUACAUGAAAGGAAAAGUCUCCGCCAUUACAUUGUGAGUUCACCCUGUAUUUUAUGUACCAAUUUCUCUAUCAAUUCAUCAAUAUAAAUGGUUUUAAAAAGGUGUAUUCAAGGAUAUAUUUAAUAUAUAUGUGAGCAGGCUAUUCCAUGCAUCCACUACCCUCUCUGUAAAGUAAUAGUUCCUGAAAUUAUUUUUAAAUCCUUGCCCCUCUAAUUUAAGACCAUGUCCUCUUGUUGUGGUAGUUCUCCUUUUAUAUAUAGUCUCCUGCUUUACUGUGUUGAUUCCCUUUAUGUAUUUAAAUGUUUCUAUCAUAUCCCCCCAUCUCGUCUUUCCUCCAAGCUAUACAUGUUAAGAUCCUUUAACUUUUCCUGGUAAGUUUUAUCCUGCAUUCCAUGAACCAGUUUAGUAGCCCUUCUCUGAAUUCUUUCCAAAGUAUGAAUAUCCUUCUGAAGAAACAGUCUCCAGUACUGUGUACAAUACUCCAAGUGAGGUCUCACCAGUGUUCUGUACGAUGGCAUGAGCACUUCCCUCUUUCUACUGCUAAUACCUCUCCCUAUACAACCAAGCAUUCUGCUAGCAUUCCCUGCUGCUCUAUUACAUUGUCUGCCUACCUUUAAGUCAUCUGAAAUAAUUACUCUUGUAUCCCUUUCCUCAGAUGUUAAUGUAUUAGGGCAGGCAUAGGCAACCUUCGGCACUCCAGAUGUUAUAGAGAACAUUUCCCAUGAUGCUUUGCCAGCAUUAUGGGUGUAAGAGCAUUACAGGGGGAUAUAGUCCACAAUAUCUGGAGUGCCGAAGGUUGCCUAUCCCCGUAGUAGGGUAUCAAAUAUUCUGUACUCUGCCCUUGGGAUUUUACACCCAAGAUGCAUUAUCUUGCACUUAUCCACAUUAAAUGUCAGCUGCCACAACUCUGACCAUUUUUCUAAUUUUCCUAAAUUAUUUGCCAUUUGGCUUAUCCCUCCUAGAACAUAAAUCCUUUUGCAAAUUUUAGUAUCAGCAGCAAAAAGACAUACCUUACCAUCAAGACCUUCUGCAAUAUCACAAAUAAAAAUAUUAAAGAGAAUGGAUCCAAGUACAAAUCCUUGAGGUACCCCACUGAUAAUAUACUCCAUGGACUACAACCCUCUGUUGCCUGUCAUUCCCAACAACCUUUCUUGUGAAUGCGUACAAUUUCUGCUAAUUUCCAGUCUUCUGGGAGUACUCCUGUUAACAAUGAUCGGUUGAAUAAAUCCAUAAAUGGUUUUGCUAGUACACCACUGAGUUAUUUUAAUAAUUUUGGGUGUAUUCCAUCAGGCCCCAUCGACUUAUUUGUCUUUACUUUUGAAAGUUGAAAUAGAACCUCUUCCUCUGUAAACUCACAUGUAACAAAUGCUCAUUUGUCCUUUUUCUUAACUGGAUUUUUAGCUGUAAAUACUGAACAAAAAUAUUCAUUGAGGCAGUCAACUAGACCUUUAUCCUCUUCUACAUACUUUCCUUCUUUUGUUUUUAAUCUAACUAAUCCUUGCUUUAUUUUCCUUUUCUCAUUUAUGUAUCUAAAAAAUGUUUUAUCCCCCUUUUUUUACUGACUGUACUAUGCUCUCCCCUGUGUGUGCUUUGGAGGAUCUUAUAACUUGCUUUGCCUAUUUCUGCCUAAUCUAAUAGAUGUGUCUGUCUUCCUCACUCUGGGUUUUUUUAUAAUUCCUAAAUGCAAAUUUUUAGGGGUUUUUUUUAUUUUUAUUUAUUUUUUACUAUUUUGGCCACUUCUGCAAAGUACCACAGUGGUUUUUUAAAUUUUUUGCUUUUACUGACAAGCCUAAUGCAAUUUUCUGUUGCCUUCAGCAGUGCAACUUUUAAAUAAUCCCAUUUCUCUUGGACUCCAUUUUAAUUGCUCCAGUCUGAUAAUUACUCUUUUACACAUAUUCUAAUUUUAGAAAAGUCUGUUUUUGUUUUUUUUUAAAGUCUAAAACUUUUGUUUUUGUGUGGUGUGACUCAUUCACUUUUCCUAAAUUAAACCACACUGAUGAUAAUAACUUCGCCCUUCAUUCUCAUUUUAGCUAUUUCCUCAACUAGUAGAUUAUCUAACUCUUCUAUUUGUCCAGGGGGGCCUGUAAAUCACACCUACACGAGUUACUGUGUGAUUACCAAAUUCAAAGUAACCCAAACGGACUCUAUGUUCGCCUCACUAACUUUUAUUAGGUUAGAUUUUAUGCUAUCCUUCACAUACAGGGCCACCAUCUCUAUCCCUUUUUUUGUCUACCCUGUCUUUUCUAUUUAAAGAGUACCCUGGUAUUGCUAUAUCCCAUUCAUUUUUCUCAUUAUACCAUGUCUCAGUAACAGCCACUAAAUCUACAUUCUCAGUUGCCAUUAUUGCCAUAAGUUCAUGGAUCUUAUUCCCUAAACUACGAGCUUACCAUUUUUUAACACACUCGCUACAGUUACUUUCUGUCCUUGUUUUGGGGGCAAUUGGAUUGAUGUUUUAUCACCCUUUUGUCCCCCCCCUCACCCCCUCCUAGUUUAAAUACUUCCUAGCAGAACCUCUGAACUGCUCGCUGAGAACAUUUGUUCCCUUUUGAGAAAGCCGCAAACCAUCUUUUUUGUACGGUUUAUUUCUAUACCAAAUAGAUCUACCAUGAGAAACAAAGCCAAAUUCUUGCUCCCGACACCAUUCACCAAGCCACAAGUUAAAGUCCUUAAUACGCAUCCGCCUGUCGUUCUGAGUAUUAUGCACAGGCAGAACUUCAGAGAAUGACAGUGUGGAAGCAACCUGCCGUAUAUCAUUGGCAAGAACACAAAACCCUUCCUUUACCUCAGAAACCUCAUUACAAGCCAAGUCAUUUGUCCCUAGAUGGACAAGUACAUCCAAUUCCUCUUCCUGCUUUGCUUGCUUUACAAUAUUACAGAUACGUCUCCUGUCUCUGUGAGCAAUAGUUCCAGGAAGACAUCUCACAAGGCCACCAUUGUCCAGCUCAACACCUCUUAUGAUAGAAUCCCCCAACAACAACUGCUUUCUAUCAGGCCUUACCUUGUCCUUUUUGUCAUUGGCUGCACUCUUGCACACCUUAGAGGAUGGUGGAUGGCAUAGAGGAUGGUGGCUCCACAAACACGGUGCCUGAGCCUGUCUCCGUAGCACCACUACAAUCUGAAAGUGCAGAAAAUGAAUUCUCUUAAGACACAGACUGUGUAGUAUGACUUUUAUCCACAUCUCUAAGUCUACCAGAUCCUACACUAAUCCAUCUGCCAUUCCUAGGACAUCUCUGUAGCAAACUCGCCCCUUUAACGGAGUUUGCCAUGUAUUCUUGGAGGGGGCUGCUGGCCCGCCUCCUACCCAGUGAUUAUGGUCCCAGGAAGAUGUGGCCGUUUAAGUACAAUAUUUGGGCAUAUUGGAUUUGUAUGGUGCUGCUAGCCCUUUAAGAACCAUUUUGGGGCAUGGCGAAAAUUUGGGACAAUGCCCCUUUAAAUCUGUGUCCCCAGACCUAUUUGGGACAAGGCCCCUUUAAGACUGUGUGUCCCCAGUGUCCCCAGACUUGUUUGGGACACUGCCCCUUUAAGACGGUGUCCCCAGUGUACCCAGACUUUGGAAAUAACUUUUAAAUGGCUUUUUCCCUUAUGUUCGGUAAUUGGGGCUUACCGAGCCAUUCACUGCACAGGCGGACCACCCAGAGCUGGAAGUGUGCAGGCAGUUUACCUCCCAGGCUGGGAGUCUGCUGUAGGUAAAUUGCCGAAUGCUGGGUGGCCGCAGUUCGUGCAAACCAACAUGUGGUGGCGGCCAUCUUUUUUCAAUCAAUGCGGUCAGCGGUGUGUGGAGCCAAAUUCAUAGAACUGAAAUCGGCUACACAGUUCCGCGAACUCUGCUGAGCCUUACCUUCUCCCACAAUGAUUUUGCAGCCGCAGAGACUAAGUCCCAUUCGGCGAUUCAGUCAUUUUUUCAGCCUGAAAUAGACCGACCGCACAACCCAAAUCUAUGGAACCGUUUUGGGAAUGAAAAUGUGCUUGCGGUUGGUCAAAAAGUGACCUCCAGCUAACUUUUUAACCCCUGGAUGGAAUUGGCUGAAUCUUGGAUAUGUCUAUAAUUAAAGUGUGCUGAGUUCGAAUAUGUGAUUUUUAUGUUUGUGGCAUGUAUAUUUUGGAAGUUAUUAAUAUUUUGUAAAAACUGUAUUUCUCUGCCUGUGAUAAUUUAGUUAGUCUAUUGUGUUGAGAUAAUUAUAUCACAGGCGGAGGGGAGGAGAUGUGUGGGAGGUAACAUGUAUCCGAUUGGUGAAUGUACUAAUUAUUGUGGGUGUCUCCCUUGCAUGGGAACAUUGCAUAAAAGCAGGGAAUGUGAAAUUAAACCUCAGUUAAAUUCUGCUCCUGAUACUGUGUGUCGUCCAGUUAUUGGGAAAGGUGAUGGGAUAUUAUUGAAUUUUACUGCUGAUUGUGCCUGUUAUGCUGCCGGAUUAUUCUCUCACUGCGGAUACUAUGCCUGGGAUUAUUGCUUGUUCCUGAGCCACACCUGGACUACCAGCGGAAAUAGUCUGUGAGAGACCAGCGUUCCGUUACAAUCUCUGUGGCAGUGCAUUUGUUUAACAGAUAAUUUACAAAUCUCAGACUUCACAUCAUGACUGCAUAUUUAAUUGAAGUCCUUUACCAUCACAAAGGUAAUUAGCGUCUCCCUAACGGGAAUUUGUAUUCGCUUAUUUGCCUAAUUUAAGCCAUGGGUGACCGCAUUCAUGUGAAUGUGUCUGCCUUUCAGUGCAAAGGUAAACCUGAACAGAAUGGGCUCCUGUCCAGUCUUGCAUCUACUUUUUUAUCAUAGGGAAUUUCUCUUGUGUAGUCUCACAUAGACUGUCCGGCUUUUGUUCUUUGGGUAGUUUGGCGAUCGUGAAAGUUGAACAUAAUAUCUAAUAUCUUUAACCAAAAAUCAAUGCCAACGUUCUAGCGUCCAUACUAUGACAAGAUUACACCUACCCUAUCUGAACGGGGCAGAGUCCCACCAAGAAUUCAAUGUGAUUUCCUAACUGUCCUGAUAAGUCCAUAAUGUUUCUCUUUUCAGGAUUCUGUCAACGCUCUAUACACAAAGUGUCUGCAGCAUUUGUUACGAGAUUCCCAUCUGGUAAGAUUACCUAGUAUUCCUCCAUGUUUACAUCCGUCUCAUCCCUAAAUGUCUUCGUCUUUUUAUUUCCACAUAGUGAUCACGGCUAUUUCCCCUGUUUUUAGAGAGCGAUUUCAAAGCAGGAAACGCAGAUGAAUUUGAUGAAGCAAGCAGUUGAGGUAUGAAUUUUUUUUAAACUUAAUUUUCUUUUGCAAUCUUUAUUUAAUAUGUUAACUUUAAAUAGACAAAAUAUAGGAUAUAUAAUAAGAGCAUGUAAGUCUUUACAUUAACGGGACUUUUGGUGGAGUACAUCUUCAUUUACUGAACAAUAUGUGUCUGGUCAAGGAUAAUUUUUCCUCUCUCAGGAGAGAUGGUAUGGGGACCCUUGGUAGCGAUGAUAAUAAUAAACACAUUUGCAAAGUGAUUGAACUUUGCCUAAUGAUUUAAAAGCAUAAUCAACAGAGGUGACCUGAGCCCAGUAGCAAUCAUUUGAUCCCUAUAGCCAUGUAGUCACAUGGAGACAUAGACAGACAAACAGGAGUAAAUGAAGAAAGGGGGAGGAGAGGGGUAGAAAAAGGGAAAACAGGGGCUAAGAAUGGGGGCUCUCACCCCAUUGGUCUGCUUACAGGGGUUUCGGAAGUUGGAUAGGGAAAUAAAAAAUGCAUUGGUUGUCUUGUAGAACAGCUAUGACCUUGUUGUCAAAGGUAAUAAUGCAGAGUUCAUGUGAAUGUUGUGUAGGAGAAAAAUAAAAAAAAGUAUUUAAUUUUCUGUUUAGAUGUAUGUUCAUCAUAGCAUCUAUGACCUGAUCUUCAAACAAGUAGGGACCAUCGAGGCAAGUGAGGUAAUAUUCCAGAAAUGUUUUAUUUCUACAUCAUCGUCAUACUUCAAAGUACGAUCAAAGUGCUGUGUGUUGGGAAACAAACUGGCAAUAAUAUUUAAAUAUAUUAGAAUUAUACUAUGUUAUUCUGAAUUGAAACAGGAAAUGGAUGUGCUGGAAUGUGUGUCUGUAUGCUAGUUGGGUAUUACGGUGUUUAUCCGAUGGAAAAGUGUGUAUUAGGAUAAGGGGUACAUAGAUUGUAUUGCUGAGUUUGUGUGUAAAAGUCAAUUUGUGAGUAGUUUGUCAUGUAAUGUGUCAGUAGGAUUUGAGGUGUAUGUUCUAAAAAAUGAGUGUGAGUAGGAUACGAAGUGAAUAUUUUAUAUAGUAAUGAGUGUGAGGUGGAUGUAAGAUACAUGUUCAAUGCAGUAAUGAGUGUGUGGUGUGUUCUAUGCAGUAAUGAGUGUGAGGUGGAUGUGUGAUGUAUGCUUUUUGUAGUAAUGAGUGUGAGGUGUGUUAUAGGCAGUUAUGAGUGUGAGGUUGAGGUGAGGUGCGUUCUAUGCAGUAAUGAGUGUGAGGUUGAGGUGCGGUGUGUUCUAUGCAGUAAUGAGUGUGAGGGGGAUGUGAGGUGUGUUCUAUGCAGUAAUUUGUGUGAGGUGUGUUCUAUGCAGUAAUGAGUGAGGUAAAGGUGAGGUGCGUUCUAUGCAGUAAUGAGUGUGAGGGGGAUGUGAGGUGUGUUCUAUGCAGUAAUUUGUGUGAGGUGUGUUCUAUGCAGUAAUGAGUGAGGUAAAGGUGAGGUGCGUUCUAUGCAGUAAUGUGUGUAAGGUGCGUUCUAUGCAGUAAUGUGUGUGAGGUGCGUUCUAUGCAGUAAUGUGUGUGAGGUGUGUUCUAUGCAGUAAUGAGUGUGAGGUGUGUUCUAUGCAGUAAUGUGUGUGAGGUGCGUUCUGUGCUGUAAUGUGUGUGAGGUGCGUUCUAUGCAGUAAUGUGUGUGAGGUGUUCUAUGCAGUAAUGAGUGAGGUAAAGGUGAGGUGCGUUCUAUGCAGUAAUGAGUGUGAGGUUGAGGUGCGGUGUGUUCUAUGCAGUAAUGUGUGUGAGGUGCGUUCUAUGCUGUAAUGUGUGUGAGGUGCGUUCUAUGCAGUAAUGAGUGUGAGGUUGAGGUGCGGUGUGUUCUAUGCAGUAAUGAGUGUGAGGUUGAGGUGAGGUGUGUUCUAUGCAGUAAUGAGUGUGAGGUGUGUUCUAUGCAGUAAUGUGUGUGAGGUGUGGUCUAUGCAGUAAUGUGUGUGUGAGGUGUGGUCUAUGCAGUAAUGUGUGUGCGGUGUGGUCUAUGCAGUAAUGUGUGUGAGGUGUGUUCUAUGCAGUAAUGUGUGUGAGGUGUGUUCUAUGCAGUAAUGUGUGUGAGGUGCGUUCUAUGCAGUAAUGAGUGUGAGGUUGAGGUGCGGUGUGUUCUAUGCAGUAAUGAGUGUGAGGUUGAGGUGAGGUGUGUUCUAUGCAGUAAUGUGUGUGAGGUGCGUUCUAUGCAGUAAUGUGUGUGAGGUGCGUUCUAUGCAGUAAUGUGUGUGAGGUGCGUUCUAUGCAGUAAUGUGUGUGAGGUUGAGGUGAGGUGUCUUCUAUGCAGUAAUGAGUGUGAGGGGGAUGAUAGGUGCGUUUUAUGCAGUAAUGAGUGUAAGGUUUAGGUGAGGUGUGUUCUAUGCAGUAAUGUGUGUGAGGUGCGUUCUAUGCAGUAAUGUGUGUGAGGUGCGUUCUAUGCAGUAAUGUGUGUGAGGUGCGUUCUAUGCAGUAAUGAGUGUGAGGUUGAGGUGAGGUGUCUUCUAUGCAGUAAUGAGUGUGAGGUUGAGGUGAGGUGUCUUCUAUGCAGUAAUGAGUGUGAGGUUGAGGUGAGGUGUCUUCUAUGCAGUAAUGAGUGUGAGGGUGAGGUGUCUUCUAUGCAGUAAAGAGUGUGAGGGGGAUGAUAGGUGCGUUCUAUGCGGUAAUGAGUGUGAGGUGUGUUCUAUGCGGUAAUGAGUGUGAGGUUGAGGUGCGGUGUGUUCUAUGCAGUAAUGUGUGUGGGGUUGAGGUGCGGUGUGUUCUAUGCAGUAAUGUGUGUGAGGUUGAGGUGCGGUGUGUUCUAUGCAGUAAUGAGUGUGAGGUUGAGGUGCGGUGUGUUCUAUGCAGUAAUGAGUGUGAGGGUGAGGUGUUUGUUAUAUGGAGUAAUGAGUUUGAGGUGUAUGUCCUGCAGCAGACGUUAUGAAUUUAGAGCCAUGCACUUUGUGAAAGCAUUGACCCUCUAAUUAUUUUAUUGACUUCCUUGCAAGGAUGCAGCAUUUAACAAGAUUACCCGGAGCCUUCAGGAUCUUCAGCAGAAGGACAUAGGAGUGAAAACAGAGUUCAGGUAACACAGAAAUUUAGUUUGGAGACCAUUUGAACUAAAUCCCAUAUACCCAAUACCCUUGCCAGAAAGUAGACUUUGUUCUUUAGUAUAAUGAAAGCAGACGGUCCAGGUCAUCAGUGAGUCGCUGCCUUUUGAUAGGCAGACACGUAGAAGUUGCAAGGUGAGAGGAGCAUUAAAAUUCAAAGAAUAAUAUGUACUUCUACUAGAGAAGCCUCCCUUUAAGAAAUGCAAUUUAAAAAAAAAAAAUUUUUUAUAAGCUAUUAACGUUUCAAAGGAAUAGGUAAAAUGAAGCACUCAAUCUGCUGUCAAACUACAACUCUCAUGAUCCUUUCCAGUUGUGUGUCCAUCGAGUUGGGCUAGGCAUCAUGCAAGUUGUAUUUCCCAGUAACUGCAGAGAGGACUUUUGGCAGGUGAUGUUAUAUGAUGUGCCAGUCAAUUUUGAUGUAUGUGAAACUGUUCAGCAUUUACAGUAGAAAAUCUAAACAGCUGAUUCUGCUUUGUAACUGCAUCCAUCCGGUAAUAUAUUCGUAUGGGGGUGAGUUAAUAUGGAAAAUAUGAGGACAGAAAACAGAAUAUAAUGUAGUAUGUUCUACAAGUCGUGAGGUAAAAUAAGAGAAAUGCCACUUGCAAUUUUCUUGACCUUAUGUUUAGCUGCAGAUAUAUGCGUCUCGGCUGUAUGAUCACCACCUGUGGAUAUGUCACUCAGCUUGGUUGCUUGUAGAUGGUAGGUCAGGAUCAAAGGCCAGUUGAGGUGUUGAGCGUUCACGGGUAUUUCCCUCUCAAUUGCAGUGUUACAGAUAUUCACCAAUUACAUAAAAUGAGAAUAAAAGCAGAAAAUAGUGCUCUCUGUUUUGUUAGUGUAAAAGCAAAAUAAAAUGAGGUAUAUUCCCAUAAGGAGAACAAAAAAUUAGUUUUUUUGCUCAUUCCUGUGUAGCGUAGGUGGUUUACUCCCCACCAGGGAGAUAAAGUGUGGCUCCUUCGGAUAAAAUCUUCAGGGAUAAAAUCAGGAAGGUUCAGGUAAGGUAAAAAAACUAGUUUUAUUUAAAACAAAGAUAAUAAAACCAAUUACAUAAAAAUACUAACGCGUUUCACUCAAAAGGGUCCAUCCCCCCCCCCCACCCCCAAAACACUUUUUGGUAACACUUUGAAAAAGCCACUCUGGGUGAAACACAUUAGUGGUUUUAUGAGAUUUUAUCCGGAGGAGUCACACUUUUAACCUCAUUGGUGGGGAGUAAACCACCGACACAGGAUUGAGCAAAAAACUCAGGACUCCAAGCAGAGAGCACUAUUUUCUGCUUUUAUUCUAAUUUUAUGUAUUUGGUGAAUACCUGUAACACUGCAAUUUGGAGGAGAAUAUCUGUUAGCACUCGACACCUCAUCUGGCCCUUGACCCUGACUUAGCAUCUACAUGGACCCAAACUGAGCGACAUAUCCACAGGCGGGGAUCAUACCACCCGGGCUGAGUGACAAAUCUGCAGCUGAACAUAAGUUAAAGAAAAUUGUAAGUGACAUUUGUCUUAUUUCACCUCACCACCUAUAGAAUAUACUACACUAUAUUCUGUUUUCUGUCUUUAUAUUUACAAUAUUAACUCGCCACCAUACAAAUUUGAGGACACCCAGAAGGCACUGCUUCCCUGUACACUUUCCUGACCUAUACCUGGUUAAUGCCAGAUAGAACAGACUCCGGUUUGGUUUGGGAAGUACCAGCUGCCAUUCCCGAAUCUAACAAGCGCUAGGAACCUCACCAUUGCACGUAUCUGGUAAUAUAUAGAGUAUAGGUUGCCUUAGAGAUAAGGUCACAAAGCUGACUGCACUUUUAUACAACAGAGUAAUUAAUUUACCUACUGGAUCAGCACGAUGAUGGCACAUAUAUUUAUUUAUGUAUUUAUUACUGUUAUUUAUAAAGCACCAACAAAUUCCACAGCGCUGUACAAUCAGUGAAAAACGUACAAUAUACACAGACAAAUACAAAAGGUAGAGAUAUGGGGCCAUUAGAUCUCUGGACGUGUCUCUUUGCGAAUGAUCCACUAUGUUUUUAUUGUCUUUUGCAGUAUUAAUAUUCCCCGUGCCAAGCGAGUGUUGGCUCAGCUGAACAGAUGCACUUCCCCACAGCAGAAGCUGAUCUGUCUCUGGAAGGUUGUGCAGACCAUCAUGCAUUCUCCAAGUCAAAGAGGUUAGUUUUCUGGGGUAAACUGGGGAUUUGUGUUUUCGUGGGAGGAUGAAUGAGCCAGGAAAUGUGUUUUAAUCCUGGGCUCUGGCAGUAGUUGUAUGUUUUGGCAGGAUGUAGUUUUGUGUGCCUGUGUAUACUGGCAGUCUGUCUCUGUAUGUUUGUGUAUGCUGGCACGCUGCCCCUGUGUUUGUGUAUAUCGGCACACUGUCUCUGUGUGUGUUUGUGUAUACUAUCCGGCUGUCUCUGUGUGUGUUUCUUUGUGUUUACUGGCACACUGCCACUGUCUUUCUGUUUACUGGCACACUGCCACUGUGUUUGUGUAUACUGGCAGGCUGUCUGUGUGUGUGUGUUUGUGUAUACUAUCCAGCUGUCUCUGUGUUUGUGUUUAGUGGCACACUGACACUGUGUUUGUUUCUGUAUACUAUCUGGCUGUCUCUCUGUGUGUUUGUGUACACAGGCAGGAUAUGUGUAUGUGUGUCUGUGUGCGUGUACUGGCAGACUGUCUCUAUGUUGGUUUGUGUCUUUAUUCUCAGGCUCUGGAUAUGUAUUCAUGUUUUUCUGGUUCAAUCUUUAGUAAACAUGGAGAUGAUGUGCGCUGAUGACCUCCUGUCUGUGCUGCUUUACCUACUUGUGAAAACAGAAAUUCCCAACUGGUAUGUGUGGCAUUGGCUUCUUCUCAGUAUGGUAAUGUAGGGACUUUCUAUUCAAUAGAUGAUGUAGGGAUAGUCAAAAAAUAUGAGACUGUUGACUCAGGGUAAACAGAGUUUACUGCCGGUUUACUCUGGUAUUUACGUUGUGAAUCCUGCAACAAAUUAUCUAGAUUAUCCAAUCAUUUCAAUACAUGCAUCAGUGCUCGGAAUAUGGAGAGAGGCAUGAUUCAGUGAUUCUGUCUGUGGAGAGAUGCAGGGUUCAGUGAUUGAGUCAGUGGUUAGAUGCAGGGUUCAGUGAUUGAGUCAGUGGUUAGAUGCAGGGUUCAGUGAUUGAGUCAGUGGUUAGAUGCAGGGUUCAGUGAUUGAGUUAGUGGUUAGAUGCAGGGUUCAGUGAUUGAGUUAGUGGUUAGAUGCAGGGUUCAGUGAUUGAGUUAGUGGUUAGAUGCAGGGUUCAGUGAUUGAGUUAGUGGUUUGAUGCAGGGUUCAGUGAUUGAGUUAGUGGUUUGAUGCAGGGUUCAGUAAUUGAGUUAGUGGUUAGAUGCAGGGUUCAGUGAUUGAGUUAGUGGUUAGAUGCAGGGUUCAGUGAUUGAGUUAGUGGUUAGAUGCAGGGUUCAGUGAUUGAGUUAGUGGUUAGAUGCAGGGUUCAGUGAUUGAGUUAGUGGUUAGAUGCAGGGUUCAGUGAUUGAGUUAGUGGUUAGAUGCAGGGUUCAGUGAUUGAGUCAGUGGUUAGAUGCAGGGUUCAGUGAUUGAGUUAGUGGUUAGAUGCAGGGUUCAGUGAUUGAGUUAGUGGUUAGAUGCAGGGUUCAGUGAUUGAGUCAGUGGUUAGAUGCAGGGUUCAGUGGUUAGAUGAGUGGUUAGAUGCAGGGUUCAGUGAUUGAGUUGGUUAGAUGCAGGGUUCAGUGAGUCAGUGGUUAGAUGCAGGGUUCAGUGAUUGAAUUAGUGGAGAGAUGCAGGGUUCAGUGGUUGGGGAUGCAGGGUCCAGUGGUUAGAUGCAGGGUUCAGUGAUUGAGUUAGUGGUUAGAUGCAGGGUUCAGUGAUUGAGUUAGUGGUUAGAUGCAGGGUUCAGUGAUUGAGUUAGUGGUUAGAUGCAGGGUUCAGUGAUUGAGUUAGUGGUUAGAUGCAGGGUUCAGUGAUUGAGUCAGUGGUUAGAUGCAGGGUUCAGUGAUUGAGUUAGUGGUUAGAUGCAGGGUUCAGUGGUUAGAUGCAGGGUCCAGUGGUUAGAUGCAGGGUUCAGUGAUUGAGUUAGUGGUUAGAUGCAGGGUUCAGUAAUUGAGUCAGUGGUUAGAUGCAGGGUUCAGUGAUUGAGUCAGUGGUUAGAUGCAGGGUUCAGUGAUUGAGUCAGUGGUUAGAUGCAGGGUUCAGUGAUUGAGUCAGUGGUGUUAGAUGCAGGGUUCAGUAAUUGAGUUAGUGGUUAGAUGCAGGGUUCAGUGAUUGAGUCAGUGGUGUUAGAUGCAGGGUUCAGUGAUUGAGUCAGUGGUGUUAGAUGCAGGGUUCAGUGAUUGAGUCAGUGGUGUUAGAUGCAGGGUUCAGUGAUUUGAGUCAGUGGUUAGAUGCAGGGUUCAGUGAUUGAGUUAGUGGUUAGAUGCAGGGUUCAGUGAUUGAGUUAGUGGUUAGAUGCAGGGUUCAGUGAUUGAGUGAGUGGUUAGAUGCAGGGUUCAGUGAUUGAGUGAGUGGUUAGAUGCAGGGUUCAGUGAUUGAGUGAGUGGUUAGAUGCAGGGGUUCAGUGAUUGAGUUAGUGUGGUUAGAUGCAGGGGUUCAGUGGUCGAGUUGGUGGUUAGAUGCGGGGUUCAGUGAUUGGUCAAUUGGUUAGAUGCAGGGAGUUCAGUGAUUGUGUCAGUGGUUAGAUGCAGGGUUCGAUGAUUGAGUUAGUGGUGUUAGAUGCGGGGUUCGAUUGAUUGGUCAGUGGUUAGAUGCGGGUUCAGUGGUCAGGUCAGUGGUGUUAGAUGCAGGGUUCAUUGAUUGAGUCAGUGGUUAGAUGCAGGGUUCAGUGGUCAGUGGUUUCAGUGAUUGAGUUAGUGGUUAGAUGCAGGGUUCAGUGAUUGAGUCAGUGGUUAGAUGCAGGGUUCAGUGAUUGAAUUAGUGGUUAGAUGCAGGGUUCAGUGGUUAGAUGCAGGGUCCAGUGGUUAGAUGCAGGGUUCAGUGAUUGAGUUAGUGGUUAGAUGCAGGGUUCAGUGAUUGAGUCAGUGGUUAGAUGCAGGGUUCAGUGAUUGAGUCAGUGGUGUUAGAUGCAGGGUUCAGUGAUUGAGUCAGUGGUUAGAUGCAGGGUUCAGUGAUUGAGUCAGUGGUGUUAGAUGCAGGGUUCAGUGAUUUGAGUCAGUGGUUAGAUGCAGGGUUCAGUGAUUUGAGUUAGUGUUUUUUUCAUGCCGGAGACACCAAUCUGCCAAACAGGAAACCAUUCGAACGCUGUAAACAGCCGAAUAGGAAAAACCAUACGAAAGGUUUACACUCCUAGCAGUCGAACUGGAACAGCAUACAAUAAAUCCCCCCAAGAAUGAGACAAAGCUCCGUGUUGAGGGUCAAGCAGUGAACAGACAGAGCUGUGGGUUUAUUGUUCUUAUAUACACAUUCUUACACAUUAGUACCACCCACAGGGUUUUGGAAAACCACCAAUAAACACAUACAAUACACUCAGACACUCCCACACAAAAUCCUCCCCUCUGCCUGUGAAACAAUUACCUUACAUAAUGGGUUAAUGUAAUCAAAGACAGAGAAAUAGUUUUUCCUCAUUAUUCAUAUUCAUACUUUAUUCAUACUUUAAAAGUAUGCAUCACAUUCACAUAACACUUACAUUUUCAGAAUCAGCAUACCCCAAAUACAAACAUAUGUCAAAAUCAUCCAAUUGAAGUCCUUUGUGACCAAAUGAAGCAUGGCUUUUCUGCCCAAAACCAGUUCCACAGAGUCUUCUAUCCUGGAGAUAAUUGGGAAGUAAUCCAAUUAUCUCCAAGGACAGAGGCAAAACUCCAUUGAACACAUGGUAAAAUACAUAAAAAUAUAUAACUGUGCAGCUAUUGCAUAAAAUAGAUUAUAAUACAUUCCCCAGAUAGCUUAGGUCUGAGCACACAUUAUUAUUGAAUGGCGCUCAGAUAACAUUCAUACAGUUCAAUUGCCAUGGAGCCAAAGUCUUUCACAUAGUCUUUCGUUAUACGAAUGGGCUACAUGGCAUAGCUAUCUGGGGUAUCACUAUUCAAAUAGGGCAAGUACCGAAUGACCCGGCUUUCGUCUCUUUGCAGGGGAAAAUCAAGCAUUUCAACAUGGGGCCAUAGUCUAAAGGCAGCAGGCGGGCAACCAGGCUCCUCCAAUGCACAGUGGCGAGAUUGGUCUCGUCACCUCACGUUUUGAGUUAUUUGAAACAGAUCCAACUUUAUUAUCUCCAAAAUCUGAACAAAAUUAAAUGGACAUUUUAGGCACCCAGACCAUUACAGUUCUUUGAAGUGGUCUGGGUGCAGUGUCCCUUUUGCACUUAGUGCUGCAAUGUAAACAUUGCAGUUCCAGAGAAAAUGCAUUGCAUUUUAAGUCUACCCACAGUGGCUGUCUACCAGAAAGCCACUGGGGGCGCAUCAUGGAUCGAAACGGACCUUUGGUCCGGUAUCUGACGCUGGACAUCUUCAGACUCUGCUUGAGGACAUCCAGCGUCCGAUAUUUCCCCAUAGGAAAGCAUGUGCUAUAGAAAAUUGCUGAUUUUCUAAAUCUUCAUAUUUUUCUUUGUUUCCCAGGAUGGCAAACCUAUGCUAUAUUAAAAACUUCCGAUUCUGCAGUGCGGUGAAGGAUGAGCUGGGAUACUGUCUGACCUCGGUAGAAGCUGCUAUUGAAUUUAUCCGCCAAGGAAACUUAAAGGAAACUCCUGCUGUGAGUGAAAAUCGGUUUGUAAAACUUGCCAGAAACUUAUCACAGAGCAUUAAAAGGAAGAAUAUAUUUCACGGAGUCACUAAAGUAAAAUAUACCACUUGUGAGUUUUCAGAUAUAUUUUAAAAGAUAAAAGUCGAAUUACUUCCCAAUUCUACCUUUUACUCUUGACAUCACUUGAUUUAAAUAUCGGGAACUAAUGUGCUAAAGUGUGAGGAGACAGAAGGGGUAAUUAAAUUGGCUUAAAUUGUUUUAUUUCAACUUCUUUGUGCACCCCACACUUGGCCAGUUAACGUAUUUUACUAUAUGCUAUAAACUUUAUACUGUUUGCUUUUUAUGAGGGUUUCCCUUUCAAAUGAAAAUGUCAUGGAUGACAAAUUCAGAUUUUAGUAAAAUUCUAACCUUUUGUUGAAUGCAUUUGUACAAAAUGAGCCAUAAAGCUGUAGAUGAAAUAUUAAAGAUGUCUGAAGACAAGAUCUGGGUGUCUGGUGCAGAAUGUUAACGCGUUUGGCAAAAAUAUGAACUUGUGGAGCCUUUAAACACGCAGGUUUCCCUAUGUAAUCCUGAACUGAGAGCUCAAGAGGUUGAGUUUGGCUUUAAGUAAAGCUUCAUGAAAGUCGAAUGAUAGUUGUAUUAGAUGAAGCCUUCACUAAUUACUAAUCUGUCGGAUGUGAGAGAAGUGCAAUACAUUUUACGCCCCAUUUUAUGAUAUUUGUGAUCAAUGUAUAUUUAUAGAAAGUGAUUAAUGUGUAUUUGCUAGAGUAAUACUUCCUUUUCAAAUAAUUAAUUUUUCAUCUUCCCAUCACCAGAGUGGUGGACCGAUACAUACUCUUUCUGGUAUUCCAUUAACAUUAAUUUCUAUUAAUGGUAUGCAUUAGCAGAGAGAUUCACAGCAUCUGAAUACUCAGUGGGUCCUGAAGUGAAACGCGUUAGUGGUCAUUAGCGAGGCUUUUUCAUGUGAAGCUCAUUUCUUUAUUACACAAGUAAUUCUGUAUUGAUUUAGCUGAAAGGUAUCACAACAUGUAUAGAUGACAAUGAAAUACUGUUUCUCAUGUUGUCCCAACCUAAAAUUAAUCAGAUUUUAUACAAUCUGUCUAAUGAGAAAAUAUCUUCACUUUCAGGAAUCAGACAAGUCAUUUUUGUGGCAGAGGAUGAACUUAAUGUCAAGAGUCUCUACAGCCCCAAUUGAUUGCCUAUUCAAGGUAAUCAGUGUAAUAUUUAAAAGUCAAUAACUGAAAAGGUUUUUUCAACCCAUAUUUCCCUGAUAGUCUUGUCCUUUACACGCUUGAGUAAAGCUUUAAACAAUGCAAUUAAAGGAUCGCUAAAGGCACCCAGAACAUCUCAUCUCAAUGAAACGAUCUGGGUGCUUCGCUUUUAGCCUUUCAGUCUAAAAGAUGGCUGUUUAGUAGAUACAGCAAUGUUUCUAUUGCAAGGUUAAAUAUGCCUCUAGACAAUGUCUUCGUGACAGCCACAAGAGGUUCAUGCACUGCAGCGAUGGGGUUUCACUCAUGAUCGCAAGGUCCAUGAGGAUGUCGAACAUCAUCAAACGCAGCUCAUAGAGAAGCAGGGGAGUAGUGGAUUCAAUACCUUUUGAUUAGGCACAUGUGCGACAUUUGCCAUGCAUGCACAUCUUGUCCCUAGUGCUCCUCUGUAAAGAGCAUUGAAUUGGACCAUCAACGUGGAAGUAACACCUCUAGGUUGACGUCUCGGCGCUGGAAAAAAGGUAAAUUAAACUUUUUUCCUUUUUUUUUUUUUUUUACAGUUAGAAAAAAAAAUGGGUGGGGGGGUGAAUAUAGGUAUGAAGUAGGACACUAUAGCGUUAUUAAUAUAAGUUUGUAUUCCUAAUUGUGUACUGUUCCUUUAAGGUAGAAAUGUUGUCAAGUUCACAUGUGGAUGGAUUAAAACAGCGCUCAGAUUACAUUAGUAUUUCAGAAUAUUUAUUUCCCUUAUCAAAGCUCUAGGUUGACUUUCUGAUUUCAAAUGUCUUAGACCCAGUGGAAUAACAUCACUCAGCCUAGAGACGUCAAACUUGAUAUCAGUGGUGAGAUUUACCCAGUAAGGAACCACCACCCCUGGCAAGUCUGCUUAUUCCUACAUUACCAGUAUCUUAAAGAUCCUCCACUAUGCAAGGGGAUUAAAUGAAAAUUAGACAAAACUCUUCCUUAAACAAAUAGAUUUGUUUGGUGACUAAUCGAUUUGUCCGGCAUAGGUCCCCUUUUGAUUAAUUUUUAGACUGGUUAAAAAAAAUAAAUCAAGAGUGGUUCUAUGCCUGACUGAUCGAUUUGUUUGACAAUGAAUGCACAUGUCUUAUGAAAACACAUGGUUUAUAAAUUAUGAUUGUUAUGUGGUUUCUUCAAACCGAGCACCGAGUUAUGAUCCUCUCACUUUAUUAAAUGCGGGGAACCUGCAAGCGAAGUCUCCAUGGUAGAAACUGUUAGGGACGUGUGGAAGUUUUAUAGAUAUUGAAUGUAGUGUCUUGCUAAAAAUGAAAACUCUAUAAAAUUGAGUCAUUUACAAAAUAAUAGUCUUUGCAAUAUUACUUUUCUUGUUUCUCAUUGUUGAGGUGAUGUAUCAUAUUGUAUGACAGGGACAUGUUUUAAAGCUUUAUCCUUCUUCAUACUGCGUUCUCCUGUCUCAAUUAAUGAGAAGCCAUUAUUUGUUUUCUCACUAAUAACUAAUAAAUGCAGCAUAUCGCCUCCGGAAAUCAGGAAGAGGUAGAAAAAUUACUGAGCCACGGUGACAAUGACGAAGAUAUUGCGCAGAAAAUGUGCCAUCCGCUCUGUUCCUGUGACAACUGCGAGAAGCUGGUUUCAGGGUACGUGUGAUCCUUUCUGGCAAUGCCAGCUUAGUGCCCCCUUGAUUUCCCUGUGUCACAAAUUAUAUUAUCACUUCCUCUUCUGAAAUGAGUUCUAAAUGACUGUCUGGAAAAAUACUUUCACUAUUGUUUUAGUCUCUGAUUUUAUAUCCUUUUAGCAUUAUCCUCUGCUUGUAAUCUGGUAUGUCGGUGGAAAGUUGAUCUCAGAAGACAGAUGAUCUGCCUUUUGAGAUUUGUCUUGAGACUGAUAAAAACUAAACUGAUUAUCUGAAAGUCACUGCCCCCCCGACUUGUAUAUAGGCAACAGACUAUAAUAUAGUUCAAUGUAGUAUGGUUUGUUUGUUUUUUUUUGAUUGUGUGUUUAGCACUUCAAUCAUAUUGUGUGUUAAGUUAACAAUGUCAUCUCUUUCUUUUCAGCAAGCUAAACGAUUCUUCGGUGGUCACACCAUUUUCCAGAGAUGACAGAGGCUAUACACCACUUCACAUUGCAGCAAUUUGCGGUAAGGACAACUAUAACAGUAACACAAUAUGAAUGACACAACUCAAAACAAUCUUCAGACCACUGUGUCAGCACGAACAUGUCACAUUUGAACAUUUUUAAGUGGCAGGAAGGGUGAGUUCCCAUGUUGAAUGCCAUCAUUAGUUCAUAUAAAACCAAACAGGGGCAUGUCUCUGGAAAUGACCGGAUGGAACUCUGAUAGAAUGAUAAAUAGCUGGGAUGGACGGAUAUGGUGGUUAACCCUAAAAGACUGUUCUUAUCCCAUUUCAUUGUGUUCCUCCUAGGGCAAGCGCACUGUAUUGAUCUACUAAUCUCUAAAGGUGCUGCGGUUAAUGCCACUGAUUACCAUGGGUCAACUCCACUCCAUCUUGCAUGCCAAAAAGGUCAUCAAAAGAUCACAGUAAGUUGAUAUCGGUUCCAAUUUCCUUAAAUAAGAAUAGCUAGAUAUUAUUUAUUUUUCUAUAAAUGAAAUACAGUCCUAAAAUAUAGAGAUUUGAUGAAUGGCCGUAUUAUUAAGAGUAAUUUAUUUUAGUAAGCUCCAUAGGGCCUCGUUUGAUUCUCAUAAAGCUCUCAGCCCCAGUCAAUACACAUGAUGGGUCUAAUACAUCCCAUGUCAGUCUUGCUGGGUAAUGGUACUGUCCAUGGUAUGUUGUCCGAGAAUUAAUCCAGUGUUCUUUGAUUCCCUUUAAGCUGCUUUUGUUACACUAUAAGGCUUGUAGAGACAUACAGGACAAUAAUGGGAAUACUGCACUUCACUUGGCCUGCACAUACGGACAUGAAGAUGUAAGUACCUCCUGAAUGCUGAAUAAUUAAUCGUACAUUUGCCGUUUUAGUCUCUGAUUUUAUUGCUUUUGUAAAGUGCCGUUCGGUGUUGCUUCUCUUUGUAGUGUGUGUUGUUAUUCUAGCAAAUAUUUCAGAACAUAGAAACAGAAGCCAAAAGCUUAGGGGAUUUCUUUAUUUCCUUAGGAAUGUAGACCGUGCAGAUUGUGGAGUUUGACCUUUAACUUGUGUUGUGUUAUUUUUUUUUCCUUAUGUUAUGCUCUGUUUUCUUCAAACAAUCUAACAAAUGACUUUAUGAUCCAAUAAAUUACAUUGAUAUUGGAAGAGUAGGAAAAACAUUAUUUCUGUGUCUCUCUCUCCAUAUAUUAUGUUUAUUGACCGCAAAGAAGAGAUCCUGUAACAAUAGCAUUAGCCAGACUCUAUAGCAGGACUGCACAACAGGUAGAUCCCCAGAUGUUGUAGAACUACAACUCCCAUGAUGCUUUGUCAUUCUAAAAGCAUUCUAAAGGCAUGCAAAGCAUCAUGGGAGUUGUAGUUCUACAUCAUCUGGGGAUCUACCUGUUGGGCAUCCCUGCUCUAUAGAAUGGAAGGUUCUACACAUUUAGCAUUAGCCAGGAUCUAUAGAAUGGAAUGUCCUACACAUUUAGCAUUAGCCAGGAUCUAUAGAAUGGAAUGUCCUACACAUUUAGCUUUAGCCAGGAUUUAUAGAAUGGAAUGUCCUACUCAUUUAGCGUUAGCCAGAAUCUAUAGAAUGGAAUGUCCUACACAUUUAGCAUUAGCCAGGAUUUAUAGAAUGGAAUGUCCUACUCAUUUAGCGUUAGCCAGAAUCUAUAGAAUGGAAUGUCCUACACAUUUAGCGUUAGCCAGGAUUUAUAGAAUGGAAUGUCCUACACAUUUAGCAUUAGCCAGGAUCUAUAGAAUGGAAUGUCCUACAUAUUUAGUGUUAGCUAGGAUCUGUAGAAUGGAAUGUCCUACUCAUUUAGUGUUAGCUAGGAUCUAUAGAAUGGAAUGUCCUACUCAUUUAGUGUUAGCUAGGAUCUGUAGAAUGGAAUGUCCUACUCAUUUAGUGUUAGCCAGGAUCUGUAGAAUGGAAUGUUCAAAACAUUUAGUGUUAGCCAGGAUCUAUAGCAUGGAAUGUUCUACUCAUUUAGUGUUAGUCAGGGUCUGCAGCAUGGAAUGUCCUACUCAUUUGGUGUUAGCCAGGAUCUAUAGAAUGGUAUGUCCUACACCAGGGGUAGGCAACCUUUUAGCAGCACUGUGGCGAUAUAGGAGUGUGAUGUCCCGUAGCGUGCCGGUCCUAUUUUUUUAAAUUGAGGUGUGUAUGCUGCCGUAUUCUGCUUGUGUUAUUUUUACUGUGAUUGCUUUGUAUUGUUGUAUAUGUGCGUAAAUGAGCUAUUAUAUUGUAUAUGUUCAGGAGUAGUUUAUGGUAUCGUGUAUGAUACAUAUGAAUGUGGGCUGUGUAUGGGGGUUGCUUAUGGAACUGUGUGGAUGGAUAUGUCACAUUGUGUGUUUGGUAGUGUGUGGGGGCUGUUUGGGGUAUUACAUGUGAGAGGCUGCAUGUGGGGUUGUGUGCAUGUACAGUUGCAAGAAAAAGUAUGUGAACCCUUUGGAAUGAUAUGGAUUUCUGCACAAAUUGGUCAUAAAAUGUGAUCUGAUCACAACAAUAGACAAUCACAGUCUGCUUAAACUAAUAACACACAAAGAAUGAAAUGUUGCCAUGUUUUUAUUGAACACUCCAUGUAAACAUUCACAGUGCAGGUGGAAAAAGUAUGUGAACCCCUAGACUAAUUACAUCUCCAAGAGCUAAUUGGAGUGAGAUGUCAGCCAACUGGAGUCCAAUCAAUGAGAUGAGAUUGGAGGUGUUGGUUACAGCUGCCAUGCCCUAUAGAAAACACACACCAGUUCUGGGUUUGCUUUUCACAAGAAGCAUUGCCUGAUGUGAAUGAUGCCUCGCACAAAAGAGCUCUCAGAAGACCUACAAUUAAGAAUUGUUGACUUGCAUAAAGCUGGAAAGGGUUAUAAAAGUAUCUCCAAAAGCCUUGCUGUUCAUCAGUCCACGGUAAGACAAAUUGUCUAUAAAUGGAGAAAGUUCAGCACUGCUGCUACUCUCCCUAGGAGUGGCCGUCCUGUAAAGAUGACUGCAAGAGCACAGCGCAGACUGCUCAAUGAGGUGAAGAAGAAUCCUAGAGUGUCAGCUAAAGACUUACAAAAGUCACUGGCAAAUGCUAACAUCCCUGUUAGCGAAUCUACAAUACGUAAAACACUAAACAAGAAUGGAUUUCAUGGGAGGAUACCACAGAGGAAGCCACUGCUGUCCAAACAAAACAUUGCUGCACGUUUACAGUUUGCACAAGAGCACCUGGAUGUUCCACAGCAGUACUGGCAAAAUAUUCUGUGGACAGAUUAAAACAAAGUUGAGUUGUUUGGAAGAAACACACAACACUAUGUGUGGCGAAAAAAAGGCCCAGCACAUCAACAUCAAAACCUCAUCCCAGCUGUGAAGUAUGGUGGUGGGGGCAUCAUGGUUUGGGGCUGCUUUGCUGCGUCAGGGCCUGGACGGAUUGCUAUCAUCGAAGGAAAAAUGAAUUCCCAAGUUGCAACAGGACAAUGACCCAAAGCAUAGAAGUAAGUCAACCAACAGAAUGGCUUAAACAGAAGAAAAUACGCCUUCUGAAGUGGCCCAGUCAGAGUCCUGAGCUCAACCCGAUUGAGAUGCUGUGGCAUGACCUCAAGAAAGCGAUUCACACCAGACAUCCCAAGAAUAUUGCUGAACUGAAACAGUUCUGUAAAGAGGAAUGGUCAAGAAUUACUCCUGACCGUAGUGCACGUCUGAUCUGCAACUACAGGAAACGUUUGGUUGAAGUUAUUGUUGCCAAAGGAGGUUCAACCAGUUAUUAAAUCCAAGGGUUCACAUACUGUUUCCACCUGCACUGUGAAUGUUUACAUGGUGUGUUCAAUAAAAACAUAGCAACAUUUCAUUCUUUGUGUUAUGAGUUUAAGCAGACUGUGAUUGUCUAUUGUUGUGACUUAGAUGAUGAUCAGAUCACAUUUUAUGACCAAUUUGUGCAGAAAUCCAUAUCAUUCCAAAGGGUUCACAUACUUUUUCUUGCAACUGUAUGUGGAUUGUUAGCGGGUUACGUUUGUGCGGAUUGUUUGUAUGUUUGUUUGUGGGCUGUUUGUAUUAUUUGUAUGAGGGGAGGGUUAUUCUGCAUUUCUGUGUAUAUCUAGCAGUGUGUGUGGGUUCCCUGGUACAGGUCAAGGACAGCAGCUGCAACAGCAGCUGCAGGCUGCUCUACUACAGAUCCGAGAUCACUUCCUCUCCAUGCUGCAAUGCAAAAAUUGAGGAUUGUCUUUCACCAUCUUUUCGUAUUAGCAGAUAUCUGAAGUUUCACUGGGACUCCUGAUAGGCCAGAGCCUGUUUGGUUCUAGCAGCCUUGAGUGCCGUGUAAAGACUCCUUGAGUGCCGUGCAUUGCACUAGUGCCGUAGGUUGCCUACUCCUGUCCUACACAUUUGGUGCUAGCCAGGAUCUAUAGAAUGGAUCAUCCUACUCAUUUAGUGUUAGCCAGGGUCUGUAGCAUGGAAUGUCCUACUCAAUUAGUGUUAGCCAGGAUCUAUAGAAUGGAAUGUCCUACUCAUUUAGUGUUAGCCAGGGUCUGUAGCAUGGAAUGUCCUACUCAUUUAGUGUUAGCUAGGAUCUGUAGAAUGGAAUGUCCUACUCAUUUAGUGUUAGCCAGGAUCUAUAGAAUGGAAUGUCCUACUCAUUUAGUGUUGGCCAGGAUCUAUAGAAUGGAUCAUCCUACUCAUUUAGCGUUAGCAAGGGUCUGUAGUAUGGAAUGUCCUAUUUAUUCGGUGUUAGCCAGACUUUAUAGAAUGGAAUGUCCUACUCAUUUGGUGUUAGCCAGACUCUAUAGAAUGGAAUGUCCUACUCAUUUGGUGUUAGCCAGACUCUAUAGAAUGGAAUGUCCUACUCAUUUGGUGUUUAGCCAGACUCUAUAGAAUGGAAUGUCCUACUCAUUUGGUGUUUAGCCAGACUCUAUAGAAAGGAAUGCUCUAUAGGUUUGGUAGAAUGGAGUGUCCUACUCAUUUAAAGUUGGCAGGACAUUAUUGAAUUUCCUGUUCAUUUAAGAUUCAUUGGAUGUAAAGAGCUGCUGCUGAUAAUUGGCACAGGUUAUUAGAUCCCCUGAUCCGUGAUGUCAUUGAUUACCACUGAGAUUGGUAAGGUGCCAAUAUAUCUGUUUUAGUACACAUUUUGAAAAGGAAAAGGCAUAUAUUGCAUUUAUAUACACAUUACUGCAGCUUUUAUUGUCUGGGAUAAGUGAUGGGUGUUUGCUCACAGUGGGUCCAAGUGUGUUUUAUUUGUAACCUUUAUUCUUCCAGUGUGUGAAGGCUUUAGUCUAUUACGAUGUACACUCUUGUAGAAUUGACUCUGGUAAUGAAAAAGGAGACACUCCCCUCCACAUAGCUGCUCGUUGGGGCUAUCAAGGGAUUAUCGAUGUGCUCUUACAAAAUGGCUCCAGUACGGACAUACUGAACAGGAGGAAGGAGACGCCCUUACAGUGUGCUUUAAACUCCAAGGUAAUUAGCAGGAUUUUCCCAGGUCACCUGGGUAUUGGAAUAUGAGUUUCAGUGUCCAGAUUGGUGAUAACAUAUGCCAAUGAUCCAGACACAGCACAUUUUGACAAUGAUCUACAUAGGUUAUUGUUUCAUUUGGUGUAAAUCUAAAUAAAAAAAAUCUUGAAACUCGUGUCAGCCCUAAAGGACCAAGCUUGAGACAAUUUUGCUAAAAAUGACUCUUUUCAUCUACAGAAAAGUACAUGACACACCUCACUUAUAUUUUUCUGGCAAAAUUUGCAGUAAAUGUAUUGGUUGAAGCUAUGUUUAUAUGAAGUUAUGUUUGUCUCCUCCAAUAUGGCCUAUACAUAGUUGCAAUUAUCUGCACCUGAUGAGCACAAUAUCCCAAAAUGUUUCUUCUUCUGGAGGGAGGCACCUGUGCCGGCAGCUGUUUGGCAUCCAUGUUUGUGGUUAAUCAAGUGUCGUGGAGCUCAGUAUUAUGGGGUUUGUUAUAGCAAAAUGUAGACAUCAAGAGCCGAUUUAUUCCAAUGGCCAUCAAAGUGUAAGAUCAUCUGUCACGUCAACGCAAAACCUCUUAGGUAAGUCCUACACGAUCAAUUAACCUUGCUGUUUUUAGUCAAAAAGCUAAAUCUUUAAUGAGACAGAGAGAGGUAUUUUUUAUGAAACACACAAAAUCAAAUACAAACGUACAAAAUUGAGGGGUUUCAUCUUGACGUGGCAGGUGAGCUUACACUUAAAUGGCCAUUGGACUGGUACUAAAAAUCUCCAUUUAUUUAAAUGUGCGUAGGGAUUUGGGAUAGUGCACAAGUACCUUUUUUCUUUGUUUUUUCUUGUAUGUAUUUGGAAUGAUGUGUACUAUAGUCAUUGCUGCUGACCUGGAGUAUUGGGAUGUUUGUAAUUCUUGAUUUUAGCCUCAAUUUUGUGAUUUGGUUUUCAAUUCAAAUCAUUUUUUUGUGAAUAAAGGAACACCAUAACAGUAGGAAUGCAAACGUGUUCCGACUGCUCUAAGUUUACCCCAUCUUUUUUGAUGUUCUGUAGGAGCCGCAUUUGAUUGAAAAAUGAUUCUUCCUGACAGCCACUAAAGGUGUGUUAACCCUGCAAGCGUAUCUCCAAAAUGGCAAUGUUUUUUACGUUGCAGGGUUAAAACGAAAGCCCAAUUCUAGUUCUGAGCAGAAGUGGUCUGCAUUCCUUUAUUGGUCAUUUAAGUUCUAUAGGUCUGCUUUCUGUUUGACUAGCAUAACUUGUAGAACUGUAUAAGUUAACUCUUUAAUGCUUGUUGUUAUGUAUUCCCUUUGACAAUUCUCCCAAGGCCAUCUCAUGACAAUUUGGCAUAUUUUUUGUGUUUUAUCGGUUCUGUUCAUAAUGUGACCGAUCAGAUUAUUCUCAAGAAAAGAGACAUGGUAACAUAGUUUGCAUAUAUUUACCAAAAUUGAUUGAAAUCCAUGUGUGUGAAACACCAAACACAUUCCACAGUAUUCUAAUCGCGUGUUGGUCAGCGCUUAUAGAUAGAAUGGGGCACGUUGGCACAGUAUUCUAAUCGCGUGUUGGUUAGUGUUUAUAGAUAGAAUGGGGCACGUUGGCACAGUAUUCUAAUCGCGUGUUGGUCAGCGCUUAUAGAUAGAAUGGGGCACGUUGGCACAGUAUUCUAAUCGCGUGUUGGUUAGUGUUUAUAGAUAGAAUGGGGCACGUUGGCACAGUAUUCUAAUCGCGUGUUGGUCAGCGCUUAUAGAUAGAAUGGGGCACGUUGGCACAGUAUUCUAAUCGCGUGUUGGUUAGUGUUUAUAGAUAGAAUGGGGCACGUUGGCACAGUAUUCUAAUCGCGUGUUGGUCAGCGCUUAUAGAUAGAAUGGGGCACGUUGGCACAGUAUUCUAAUCGCGUGUUGGUUAGUGUUUAUAGAUAGAAUGGGCAGUGGCGUGUUGGUCAGUGUUUAGAUAGAAUGGGGCACAUUGACACAGUAUUCCUAAUCGGCGUGUUGGUCGGUGUUUAUAGGUGUUAGAAUGGGGCGUUGGUACAAUUCUAAUGGUGUUGGUCGGUGUUUAUAGAUAUGAAUGGCGUUGGCACAGUAUUCUAAUCGCGUGUUGGUCAGUGUUAUGGGUAGAAUGGUAGCGUUGGUACGUAUUCUAAUGUGGGUUGGUCAGUGUUUAUAGAUAGAAUGGGGCGUUGGCACGGUAUUCUAAUCGUGUUGGUCAGUGUUUAUAGAUAGAAUGGGGUUGGCACGGUAUUCUAAUGGCGUGUUGGUCGGUGUUUAUAGAUAGAAUGGGGCACAUUGACACGGUAUUCUAAUCGCGUGUUGGUCAGUGUUUAUAGGUAGAAUGGGGCGCGUUGGCACAGUAUUCUAAUCGCGUGUUGGUCAGUGUUUAUAGAUAGAUGGGGCGCGUUGGCACAGUAUUCUAAUCGUGUUGGUCAGUGUUAUAGGAUGGGGCGUUGGUACAGUAUUCUAAUCGCGAAUUUGGUCAGUGUUUAUAUAUAGAUGGGGCGGUGGCGCAGUAUAAGAAUGGGGCACGUUGGCACAGUAUUCUAAUCGCGUGUUGGUCAGUGUUUAUAGAUAGAAUGGGGCACAUUGGCACAGUAUUCUAAUCGCGUGUUGGUCAGCGUGUAUAGAUAGAAUGGGGCGCGUUGGCACAGUAUUCUAAUCGCGUGUUGGUCAGCGUUUAUAGAUAGAAUGGGGCACGACACAGUAUUCUAAUCGCGUGUUGGUCAGCGUGUAUAGAUAGAAUGGGGCGCGUUGGCACAGUAUUCUGAUCGCGUGUUGGUCAGUGUUUAUAGAUAGAAUGGGGCACGUUGGCACAGUAUUCUAAUCGCGUGUUGGUCAGUGUUUAUAGAUAGAAUGGGGCACGUUGGCACAGUAUUCUGAUCGCGUGUUGGUCAGUGUUUAUAGAUAGAAUGGGGCACAUUGACACAGUAUUCUAAUCGCGUGUUGGUCAGUGUUUCUAGAUAGAAUGGGGCACAUUGACACAGUAUUCUAAUCGCGUGUUGGUCAGUGUUUAUAGAUAGAAUGGUGCGCGUUGACACAGUAUUCUAAUCGCGUGUUGGUCAGUGUUUAUAGAUAGAAUGGGGCGCGUUGGCACAGUAUUCUAAUCGCGUGUUGGUCAGUGUUUAUAGAUAGAAUGGGGCACGUUGGCACAGUAUUCUAAUCGCGUGUUGUUCAGCGUGUAUAGAUAGAAUGGGGCAUGUUGGCACAGUGUUCUAAUCGCGUGUUGGUCAGUGUUUAUAGAUAGAAUGGGGCGCGUUGGCACAGUAUUCUAAUCGCGUGUUGGUCAGUGUUUAUAGAUAGAAUGGGGCACGUUGGCACAGUAUUCUAAUCGCGUGUUGUUCAGCGUGUAUAGAUAGAAUGGGGCAUGUUGGCACAGUGUUCUAAUCGCGUGUUGGUCAGUGUUUAUAGAUAGAAUGGGGCGCGUUGGCACAGUAUUCUAAUCGCGUGUUGGUCAGUGUUUAUAGAUAGAAUGGGGCACGUUGGCACAGUAUUCUAAUCGCGUGUUGGUCAGCGUGUAUAGAUAGAAUGGGGCACGUUGGCACAGUAUUCUAAUCGCGUGUUGGUCAGUGUUUAUAGGUAGAAUGGGGCGCGUUGGCACAGUAUUCUAAUCGCGUGUUGCUUUUACAGCAUUCAGUGAUUUUUCUAAUCCUAGAUUCUGUCGAUGAUGGAAGCUGCCAGGUCCAUGAAAGAGAGAACACCGAGUAAUUCGGAGGUAAGAAACGCUACAGCUGAUUACAUUUCUCUGAGAUGAAAUAAUUAGACUGUAUGUCGUAAUAAGGUGCCUACCUGUGUUUUCUGUGUUGAUCACCAUCCAGGCCACGAGUAGGUCUCCUCCGCAGUCCACCGACAGCAUCAGCAGGGAAUCCUCAGAGACAAGUUUGUCUUCACAAUCACCUGACACCAGACAGGACAACGUGAGAAGCAAAUACAAAGAGGUAAGUAAAUCACAAUGUUUGUUGCUGGUUUACUUUUCUGAUCAUUGCAUUGCUGACUCCUAAAUAGCAAACAACAGGAAAUAGGCUUGCUCCAAUUCCUGUGUUGUCAUCCUGUACCUGCAGGCGUCUCCUCUUGAUCUUCUGGUCCAAUUCAAUGCUUCUCAUACAUUGGGGGUGAGAAGCCCAAGCAUUGCAAGCGCCGUGCUCCUCCAAGCAAAUGCUUCUCACAGAGAAGCAUUGUAUCAAAUGCUGCCCUGUGAUAAUCAUCAGGUCCUUGCGCAAAGUGUGAGGACGUGGAAUUUCACCGAACCAAACCUGGCUCUAUUCCUGCAGCCGAAGCGCACUCUAGUGUGUGUUGGGAAGAAAGCCAUGGGAGGUGUGUUUAGUCCUGCAAUAAACACAUCUAACUAAACGACAAUGUAUUACAUUACAGGACGAAAACAACACAACUACUGCACCCAAACCACCUCAAUGAGACGAAGCGGUGUGGGUGCCUGUAGUGGUUUUUUACAUUUCAAGAAAUUUGUCUUUUACUUCAUCAGACAUGAUGUUUCCUCCAGAAUCUUAUGUUUGAAUUGUUGGGGAGUCUGACAGGGGUUCCAGAGAUUACAGAUAAUUUUUUUAAAUCCAUUUCUUCUUUCUUUUUGUAAUUUUUGUAUACUUAGGUGGAGAAACUUUUGAGAGCCGUAUGUGAUGGGGACUUGGAAAUGGUUUGUUAUUUACUAUGCAUUUGAUAUUUCUGACUGAUCUCACACAUAGAAAGGGAGUUUCAUCAAAGUCAAAACAAGUGCUAUUGGGGCAAAGGGCUAAAUAAGGAAGAAUCACCAUGGAAACCAAUAGAAUAUCGCUAAACGUUUGUUUAUAAUUUUUCUUAUUAAUUGAGAUGACAUUACCGUACAAACAGAAAGAGGGCUGACAGAGGGCCUGAACAAAUUAACUUGCCGGGUCAGGGCGUAGUGGUACAGGACACUGUAGAGCACGCUGGUUGUUAUCUUCCAUUUUGGGAAGCUCGGCCUCAUGUGGGGUGUUAAGCUUAACUAUCAGCUUCUUUCUGAAAAUGAUGGUAUUCCACUCCAGUGGGGACCAGGAUAACCCCCACCGAUCUGUGAGGAAGGGUGCUGGGGCGACAGAUUCUAAAUAAAUGUUGGCUGCUGGACCAAUGUAGGGGACCACCGUUUCUCCUGCCUGGAAAUAUCCAGCAGGCCGCAGUAAAUACUUAGCGAGUCAAAGUAUUGUGAAAUCAGAAAAACUCCGUCCAGAAGUAUAACAGAACAGUUUUCCUGUUACAAUAGACAUACAUUAGCCUCAAACUAGCGUGAAGUGUUGGCUUAAUAUCAAGAUUACGCUGAGGAGCUCCUUUAACCUGCGUCCUGCUUACUCAGCAGUCAGGCUCCGUCCCUUCGUCUCUUAACGUUUAGCACUUUGCACUCAGAAUAGCACCUGUUCGCCUCGACAAAUCUCCUUUGUUUUGAUAACUUUUAAAUCACUUAGAUUCCAUUAUUAUCCAGUGCUAAAACUGCUAAAAUGCCACCUUCACAUGUGUUAGAUUUAUUUUCCUAAAGGUACGGUACAGUUUAGUAAAUUUUAUAAACAUUUACAAAUUUAGUCAUUUGUGAAACUCAAGGAUUUGCUGCACUUACUUUGCCUAAACCUGGAUGUAGGUGAAAAGCUUUCAGCCAAUCCUGGUGCCGGCAUAACUUGUAGGAGCUCAGUGUGUCCAUUUGAACUAGUAUGUCCCUUUAAACUAGCAUAACCGUGAGCGAUUAUAGUAAGUUGUUGCUAAAUAGUUUUCACAAUAGAUUUUAAUUUCUGCUUUAGCGAGUUUGUGCUUCUUUCAAUAAUAGAUACUGUAAAAAAAAAAAAAAAAAAAUGUAUCCGUACCAACCUCACACAGCUGAUCAAGCAUUCCAAUAAGUGCAAAUCACUGCUGAAUUAAUCACUGACAUCCCAAGAUAAUGGUAUACAGGAAAAGACACAUGUUCUAGCCCAGAGAGCAGGAAGAAACGUUUAUAUCCAGGUUAAAUGAUAUGCAAUGAUUUAGGGGAGUGUAGUAAAACAGGACAAGGACGCACCCUGGGCUUUCUACCUCUGAUAUGAAUGCAUUAGAUCUGAUGAUUUUGCCUUGUACUGACACAGUUCAUAUUGCAAUAUACAGGUGCGCUACCUCCUGGAAUGGGUGGACGACGACUUGGAAGAUGAAUUUGAUCAUUUGCCAGCUACAAAUAAGGAGUUUUGCCACCCGUUGUGCCAAUGUCACCAGUGUGGCCCUAUUCAGAAGGUCUGUGACAUUGAAAACUUCUUUAUUACUUUUCAAAGUUUUGGUGUGGCUAGUAAUUUUAGGCAUUAAAAUGCAAACUAUGGAGUAGUUAAAGCGUAAUCUGAAUUGAAUCCUAUCCACUGUUUCAUAUUUUGGGUUUAAACUAGAUUAAUUUAAUUUAAUACACAGCGGAGUAUAUAUAAUUUACAUUUCAGACAAUACACUCUUUAGUGAGUAACCCUGUGUGUGUAAUUUUUAAUUUAGUAAGCAAUUUCACAUGUUUGACUUGCCCAACUAUUACAAUGCAAUGCCUCCUCCUAGUAAGUGAUUUAAAACUCCUUGUGCAGUUUUGCCUAUCAUAGUGUGUGCUGUCUGAGAAGGAUUUGUAAUGAACGAGACACAGAACACCUGCUCCCUCACAUCUGUGAGGAAGGGUGCUGGGGCAACAGAUUCUAAAUAAAUGUUGGCUGCUGGGGAGCAGUGACACUGGUCACUUCCAGCUAAAAUAAGCCAUCUGUUCUGUUUCACCCAGGAUUGUCACUAACUGAUGCAUCUGUUUUUGUUUUUCUUUUUAUAUCCUUCUACAAUAGCUAAGUAAGAUUCCUCCCAAUGGACUCGGGGUCAAUGCGACAAGCCGCGAUGGAUUCACGCCACUUCACAUCGCUGCCAUGCAGGGGCACAUGGUGCUGGUUUCACUGCUGUUGAAGCAUGGCGCUAAUGUCGAUUCCAAGAAUGGAAACCGCGCUCUGCCGCUGCACCUGGCCUGCCUUAGAGGGCACUUAGACGUAUGUCUUCCCUUAACUGUGUCUGCGAUUGUGGACAGAGAAAUGUCAAAAUCCCAGUUAACAUAAAAUAGAAACUGGUAUAAUGGGUGAUGCACUGACCGUCCUUAAUGAUAAAACAAUAAUCAUUGUUACGAUGAUGGGAACUGUUCGAUAUUGUAUCUCCUUAAGUAGAGUCCUAUAUUUUUGCGUUACUCCUGAUUACUGUAUGGAUACAUGACCGUUUUGUGUCAAUGAUGAUUAUUAUUAUUAUUAUUAUUAUGAUAUUUAUAGAGCGCCGUCAAAUUCCACAGCGUUUUACAAUGGGUGGACGAACAGACAUGUAGUUGUAACCAGACACGUUGGACACACAGGAACAGAGGGGUUGAGGGCCCUGCUCAGUGAGCUUACAUGCUAGAGGGAGUGGGGUAAAAUGACACAAAAAUGAUGUUAUGUUAGUUUUUUACUAUAGCCCGGAAUAAUAUUGAUUUCACUUUCUUGCAGGUGGUUCAAUGUUUGAUUGAAUACAGCACAGGGAAAAAUAAAAAAGAUGUUGCUGGCAAUACUCCAUUAAUAUACGCAUGUAUGGGCGACCACAUAAACAUUGCUGCUGUCCUCCUGGAGGUAUUAUUAAUCUUUCUGACAAAGUCAUCAUUAAAAUAAUAAUUAAAUAAUACUUAUCAGAUUCAUACAUAUAUCAGAUCACAUUUGUUUAGUUCUGAUUAAACAUUAGAAUUGUGCAUUCGGUUUCAAGUCUUUUGCAGUUCAUCUGAAUUUUGUGCAAUUUGUCCCAAUACUGUAACUCUGUAACUUCAAAACUAAAUAUGGGCGAAUCACGAAACAGGCAAUGAACAUGCAUUUUGUUUCGAGUUUCAUUUGUGGCACCAGGAACAGUGGGAUUGUAAGGAGAAGCAGCUGUGGGUUUUUUUUUUCUUGUUUUUUUUUUUUAAAUAUAUGUAUUAAGAGACACUAAUAUUAUAUUUUGUUUUGUGCCAUUUUGGUCCUUCAGAAUUGUUUUUUUUUCUCAAAAUGAUCACAUGGAAGAAAUUUGUCCGAACCGAAACGCCAUAUGAAAGAAAUUUUGUUUGAAUUAAUUUAAUUUUUUUCCACAGGCGAAUUGGUUUAUAUGGGCAAAUUUUUCUGCUGUGCACAAAUCUAUUAAACAAUUCAGAUUAGAAUGGUGUCUGUCCGUACGUACACCUCUGCUAUUUGAUUGGCUCGCACUUACUGGAUUCCCGGAGUGCACGGGUGCUUUUGCAUUUACUGCAGCCCACAGUGUUUGUAGUUUAUAUUUGUAUUUUGUAUGUACAUAUUAGAUGCGUAUAAUGGGGGGACCAUGUAUUAUGGGAAAAUAAUGCCACGGAGUUCUGGAGAUAUCGUAAUAAAGCACAAGACCAAAGGUUGAGUGCUGUAUAAGCAAACAAUCAAAGACAGAAGGUGUACAACACACCAACCAGAUGGCUAUAUCCCCACGUCCCAGAACAAGGGUAGGUGUAUUUCGUAGUACACCUUACACGCUCCACUAUUCUGGUUGGUGUGUCGUACACCUUCCUGUCAUUGGUUGCUUUUUGGGGUGGAAUUGGGAGAUAUCCACCUGAAUCUAGUAGCGUGUGCACUUACAAUAUUCGAGUAACCACAUUUAAGCGCCUAUAUAUUCACAGAGCACUUUGUGAUUUUUCUGAGUGCUGUAUAAAUCUUCACAUUCCCAAUAUGGAAUUGCUUCCUCAAUACAUGCUUUACUCUUGUGAUUCUCAUUUAUUGCUUGAUAUUUUCAGGUUAGGGUUUAAUGUAAUGUGUGGUUUAGGAUGAGAUAUACUUACCUGAACCUGUCCAACACAGGCAUGGCCAUCAUGUUCCAGCAGGUCCACUUCAGCUCCUAGUGCUUCAGUAUUGAGGUCUAUGGAGGAUUCCGUGGGAUUCUCUAUAAAGGGGGGUUGGGUGCAGUGGUGACAAUGCCACUUCAAUCGAUUUCAUCUGCCAUCCAUUAAAUUGGGAACCGGCACUGCUUUAGGACCCCCGACUACCUGGAGGUGGUCUUGCGUUAUCACAAGUUAUUCAGGGGUAAUAAUUGCACGGAUUACGUGAUUUUAAAACAUGAAAUUCCUGUUAAAGUAGUAUCAUACUCACUAAAAUAUUACCAUCAAAUACAAUUUGAUCAUAUUAAGCACUUAAAGUGGACUCUGGAUAUGGAAAUUGGUGGUGGGACGGGCCACAUCAUUAGUCAUGGAAGACCGACUGUGCUGCAGCCUCCCCCCCCUUCUUCUUCAACCAUCUCUCUUCCGAUCCUCCGCUAUUACGGUGUUCCUUUCUUAGAGAACGGAGAAUUUCCUCCUCCACAGAUUAAAAUAAAGAUGUGAGUAUAUAUUUAUUAGUGAGCCUAUUUUCAAGACCGACCUCCCUGUCAAAAAGGUGAUUGGUUGGAAGACUGCUAGCGUAUACGUGGUUCUACACUGACAUUGCUAUAUCUGGAGAUUACUUCGUGUUUUUCCUACCAUUUUGGUUAGUGUAAUAUCAUUUGUACACAACUAAAAUUAAUCAGAGACCUGCGCAUCUUUUAUGCUUUUCCUAUCUUGCUGAAACCUGCUAGUUUCCUUGUUUAUAUACCGUGGAGGUCUGUGCGUCCCUCUAAAUUUCUCUUCCAUAUAAAUGAGGAAACUUUCUCUCACCAGAAUAAACCGAAUUUAAAAGAAAAGUGAUACGAUUUGAUCCGUACAUGUGCUAGAGGUGUGAUGCACUCUGUGCGCUUUUAAUCUGUGAUCCCCUCGUGAGCAUCAAAAUGACAUUAUUUUUGUUUGCAUUCCAAGCACGGAGCAUCAGUGAACCUUUGCAACGUGAAAGGUAAUUCCGCUUUACAUGAAGCCGUGAGAAAAAACAACUAUGCCCUGGUUCAGCUGCUGCUAUUGUAUGGUGCACACGUGGACAUCCGGAACAAACGCCAAUACACCCCAUUGGACUACGUCAAAGAGGUAGGGAUCGGCGCACUGUCAAAAUGGAGCAUUGUACAGUAAUACAUUGCCUGCUGUAAAGGGUGAUAUAGGAAUAUCUUAAUGUGCAGUUUCGAUGUAUGUUUCGAUGCUCAUGUUGCCUAAAAAAAUGUUUUAAGCCCAUUCCAGUGAUAUUUCAGUUGUCCCUUUAAUUUACGAAAGGCAGUUAUUUAACCAGAAAACCAGGCCUGAUAACAUCUCCCACCAUUACAUAUUUUAUUAUUCAACACCGAAAAAUAGUGAUAAUUGCACAGAUCACCUCAUGGCAAAUUGUUAACUAUUAGUAAACUCCAACAGGGUAAUUCUCCAAACGGUGAAUUGUCAACUAGAAUUUGACAUUUAAGGCCAAAAUAGGCAAAUUAAAUCAUUCUCCACGGCAACCACGUGUUCAUUUUAGUUCAUUUGGCAUCAAAUUUCUCAUUUCUGAAAUUAAUGGAAUCCAUGUCCAUGGCCUCAUUCUUAAUGUGUUUCAGGUUAUAUUGUUGGUUUGCAAACUAUAGACUGCUCACUCUGUCACUAUCGGAAUCCCUUUAUUUGGCCUGCCAUUUUGUUGGGUGUAGUUGAUGCUUUUAAUGUCGAUUAAUCAUUUUCUUUUUUGAAUUCUGUAAAAUGUUAAAAACUUUGACAUUUCUUGCACUGAAAUAUCUAACCAUUUGAAACUGAGAUGUAAGGAACUUUGAUUAUUUUUUAAUUUAAGAAUUCUAAACUCCAACACCUUCUGAUGUCUGCAUCCAACAACGUGUCACCUGGCAGUGAUUCGGUGGAUGCAGGAGAGCAGACCACUCACGUCAGAAAGAAAUGUAAGAAAUAUUGCUUGUAUCUCUAAACAUUGCAUUGUGUGAUCUUUUGCUCACUUUAUAAUCGAUGCAUUUGAAAUAUAGAAACCUACUCUUUUUUUAAAAUGUAUUUAUUUUUUAAAGCAAGCAACACCAGCCCAGGCCCUGCAGACAGGGGCCCAACUCCCCGACAAGCUGAACAGGCACACUCAAAGUAAGUUCUGUGCAAUGGUUUACACAAUUGUCAGUGGCUUCUGUCUCUGGGAUCAACAUAGAACUCUCUGGCUCUCUCAGCUUAAAAGCUUAAAGGGACACCGUAGGCACUGUAUCUGCUUCAUCUCAUUAAACUGGUUAUAGUGUAUGGAGUCCCCUGGUGCCAUCAUUUCUUUCAGCAUUAAACAGUUUUUAAUGUUGUAAUGUUUUAAUGCUAAACAAGAGACCCCGGCAGUCCAUCCCCUCUGUGCUGCUUUAGCUAAUAAGGAAGUAUUACCCUGAGAGGCAAUGGGCAGCUGUGAUUGGCUGAGAGUGUCAGCUGACUGCUUUUAACCUGUCAGAGCUCCAACUGACGGUAUGAAUGGGUAUGACAACAAGGAAGUGUGUAAUCUCUGUCUUAGCUACACAUACUGAAGGGGCCGGACUGUGGGUGGCCAGGGACUCUUAUUUUGUGGCAUACUGCACAAACAUGGUGCAACACUGAAUGGAGGGACAGUGCCAGGGCACUCCAGGCACUAUAACCAAUUCAAAGAGACAAAGUGGUUAUAGUGACUACAGUGUCCCUUUAAGGAAUUAAACAUGAAUGGCAGUGCAAUGCCGGAUACUGAACUUUCGCGGUCCACUUUUUUAAAAGAUCGCCCUUAUUUGUGCUAAAGGCAGAUGGGGCUGUGUUGUAUAUUAAAGUGGGACAGACACCAGCCAUCUGAUUUGGUCUGGUAUAAUUAAGAAAGGAGCCAUAUUCUAAGGCAAUACGGGCAUCAGGCCCACCGCAAAUUAAACAUAAAUAUAUGUACUGAAGGCCAUGAUUAAAAACUAAAGGGAAAUAUGCCUUUUGACAAAAUACCAAUACACAAUGUUAAUCUCUGGAGAAAUUUUAAAACACAAAAAAUAACAAGUAGAAGUGGCGCUAUAUUAUAUUUCCAAAUUCCUAUUCUAAAAAGCUGCACCUUAACAACUGCCAACCAAAAACACUUUCACAACAUAAACAACAAAUAAAGGUGCGCUGUGUCUUUAAGGCUCAAUGAGAUUCUUGUGCAAAGAGUGUAAAUUGCAUUAUUUAAAGUGCAAACCAACUUAAAUGGGUAAAGCUCUCACCCCAGGCCCUUCGGACUUGGUCCGGGUUCCAAUAUAGAGCAGUUCCUUCUGGGAGGUGGGCUUACGAACCUGCGUGCGUGAUGAUGUGGGUAGCACGCAAGUUCGUAAGCCCACCUCCCAAAAGGAACUGCUCUAUAUUGGAACCCGGACCUAGUCCGAAGGGACUGGGGUGAGAGCCUUACCCGAGGAAUUCCAAAGAGGGUCCUGGCUUGCCUGCAUAUUUUAAAGUUUGUCAAUAAAGGCUAUUUGUUCAUUUACAUAGCCUGAUGCCUGCACUUUAUUUUGGAACUUGGUAAAGUUAGAGCAGACUCAUCUGCUCUAGAUUUGUGAGUGGAUACUUUACUACUAAAGCACUUCUACCAUAUAUAACAAUAUCAUACUAUAUAUACUUACCCUUUUUUUUCCUCGUGUAUGUUCUCGUUUAUAUACUACAUUGAGAAAUAGGAUGGUAUUGUGUAAGUUUCAAUAGAGUAUUGCUUAUAACUUUUUUCCAUGUACUUGGAUGCUCACUAUUUGCACUUUUUCAAAGUGCCAUUUAAGUUGCUUUGCACUUUAAAUAAUGCAAUUUAUACUCUUUGCACAAGAAUCUUAAAGACACAGCGCACCUUUAUUUAUUGUUUUUUUUUAAUCUCUGGAGAAGGUCAGACAGGGCUGCAGGUUUGAUUAACUGACAUUUAAAAUAGCCUGUAUACCUUGCGUAACAUCGGGAAGCUGUCUAGCUGUGCUAUCCUGUGAUAAUCAGCAGUCAUCCAAAAAUAGGUUUGUGUCUGGGGAUACAGGGCGUUAGUAACCAGACAGAUAUAUAUUAUCUAGAGUAACUUAUUUUAUCUGAUUAACUGAAACAGGAUUAGCAAACAUACUAGCGAUCACUUUCUGCUCCCAUAACUGUUAUUUUUGGAAAGAUGGUAGAGUUACAGAUUCGGAUCCUGAAAACAGACCGGGACUGACUUUUACUAGAGGUCAUUGUGUUCACAAAAGGAACCGGGAAUUUAGUCUCUGUGGAGCUAGGUGGGAAAUGUGCCUAGUAUUAAUUAAUUAAUAGGUCUUUGAUUUUGAAUAUAUGUACACUAUAACCUUUUUUAAUUGUUUAUUUCCCUCUUAGGUCUUUGACUUCGAAGAAGACAAUGCGAAGAGAUAAAAGCAUGCCAAAUUUCGAUGAAGAUCUGAUAAACCAGGUAAGAGUAAUGAGAGAGAUAAUAAAUAUUGUAGAUAAUGUGCUUGUUAUUUUACUACUGCUAGUUACCUUAUCUGUUCAGAGUGUUGUAUUGAAAAUUACUGAGGAAGUGGGAAAAUGUAAGGGCCCUGAUACUAAACAUCUUUAUUUUUAUGAAGGGGUAGGUGUAACUAUGUUUUCUCCAGAAUUGGAGAAGCUGUAUUGCAGGAGUAAGGAAAGUGCUAAAGUCUGAAGACGCAAGCAUGAUGUAUGAAAGGUAAGCUGGGUCCUUAGUAAGGCAAAUGUCACCAGCAGAAGAGAUCAGCUAACAGGAGUAAGUUCCCAAAUCUAGCUUAACUCAGACAGUAGUAGUAACCCCUAAUUUAAACAGUGGUAUUGCUUAUAAAUUUUAAAAAGUUAAAAAUGCAUGUGAAGAUUAUUUAAAUCACCAAGUGAUGGAAAUUGUUUCCUAAUUUUUUUUUAUUUUUUUUUUUAGUUAUCUAUAAACACUUCAAAACAAAGCAGUGUGGAGCACAGUGUGGCGUGUGGAGCAGAAGUGAAGCUGAGUCCUGUGACUGACUCCUGUUCCCCACACAAAGUAACUCAUAUUGUCCGGAGGCACAGUCUGAAUGUGCCCUGUUCGGUAGAUGAUCAGGAGAGCUACAGUGACGCUACAGAUACAUUAAAUGGGACCGACAUAAGUUCACCACUCUCAGACACCUAUGAUCAGGACUUAGAAAGUGAUUUGUGUAUAAGCAAUCAGGAGCUGUCUGAAAUGAACCGUCAACACAAUCCUUCCCUGGAGAUUACUGACAUCACAGAGAACCUUAACAAACUCACAAAAAUGGCAGACCUGGACUGCUCUGGCAGCGCCAAUUGCUCCUGCGUGGCUUGCACGUUGGCGAUGGAAUCUUCCUGGUCUGUGAUUGGAUCUUCCAACCAGUCCAGCUGUGAUAACUGUGGACAUGAUGGUUUUGAUACAGUUGAUCUCUGAUCGCGAACUGCUUGGGGUGGAAAUUCUGCCCCUUGGCCUAGAUUGCUUUCUGACCGUGCUGCUACAGUCUAACCCUAUCUAUGGCAGGCGAUUCAGUGUGUUAAGGAAUAUAUUUCAAUUCUGUAGAUGUGUAUUCACUCGUCAACCCAGAUUUUUUUCUAAUAUACUACUGACAUAGAAGUGGGGGUUAACUUGUGUUUCUCUAUUUUACCUGUUGGGUUAAACACCAAUGAAUGUGUCUGAUCUCACAAUGCUGAACACUGUUGUUUCUAUUCUGGUUUGCACAAAGGCACAGGCAUGACUGUUCUCACGGGGGAUUUGGAGAGUUGUCAGUUAGAUUUAUACACGCACAUUCCAGUGGCCACAGAUUUUAGCUGCUGAGCCUUCUUAGAAAUGAUCAGUCUAAUAUAAAAAUUUGUAUGGUUUAGUAAAGUUCUGUCAAACUGCCACGGACUGCAACUCCCACUACCCUCACCUACACCAUGUAAUGUCCAUGAUAUACUCUCUGUGGUUCUCAGUCCUUUAAACUGCACACCUCAAUGUCCACAACGUCUGAUUUUGAGUGUCUGGUAUUGCUGAUUUGCAGUGACCGGUUAGCUGCUGAUUUAAAAAUAAAUAAAAACACACACAAACGUGAGUGCCAAAUGGGUGUCCUAAACUUUGUCCAUCCCUGUGGCACUCUAAGGUUGUGUUUGGGGGGAAAAAAAGAUCUCUGAUAAAUGCAAAUCUCAUUCUUGAAUAUCUACAUAUUGACAGAACUCAGUACAGCUUAUAUUUUUCUAAGUAAUUUAUGAUUUCAGUGGAUUUAUUUUCAAAUGUGCCUUUCACUCGUGCCAAAUACUAAACAUUAAUUAUAAUAAAUAACUCUAAAGUUAAUCCGUGGUUUCAGUCUUAUUGAAGGUAUUGAUUUUUGUUUACAUACUACUGAAAUUUCUAAUUCAGAGCUGAGCAAAGACUUUGACAGAAAUCUGGUACCAACUGGAAACAUGACCGUUUUAUUACGUGUCACUGCUUGCCUUUCUUCCAUCUCUGACUGGAUGUCCUCCCGCUUUCUGAAACUCAGUCUCUCUAAAACUGAGCUCCUUGUCUUUCCUCCUCCUAAUACUGAACCUCCUCUUUCGCUCUCCCUUCAAAUUAGUGGUAUGCACUCAGUUGCGGAUCCAGAGCCUGAUCUCAGGACGGGCACUUGUAGAUUAUUUAAAGAAAUAAUCCAGACACAAUAACCACUACAGCUCAGUGUAGUGGUUAUGGUGUCAAUAGUGCCGGGACCCCCUUCCAGAGUAAGUAGUCAAACCGUUUAAGAACAGUUUAACAACUUACCUGAGGUCUGCUGGGAAAUGGGGCUGUAGUAGGGCAUAGGAGCUGUGAUGCAGUGUGUGAAGGUUGCAGUGUGUGAGUGAGGACGGCAGUAUAUGUCGUGUUUGUGUGUGUAAAAGCCCCCUACCCUUCUUAUCUCCCCCCCACACAUACAUUGUCCCCUUACAUAAUAAUUACAUUUCUAAAAAUCCAACACAUAUUAUAACCCUUCUUAUAUGCUGUUGUUUUUUUUUUUUUUUUAAUUUAAACAAAUAUUCUUUAUGUCCCCCCUCCCUUCUUAC